AUGUCACACUUAAAUGUUAGCUCCGACAAGAAGUGGGAUCAAGACGCUUCGGAACUAAAUGUCGACGAUUCUGGAACACGAUAUCUGACUCUCGAGUUUCGACCGCAGCAUGCGUGAGUAAUUCCGUCUGUUAACCUAUUUAAAAUAAAAUCCUUUUCACUCAGUUGGGAUAUCGAUCGAGGAGUUUACUUGGAAUGUGAACAUGCUGAAAUAAAACUCCUUCACAUGUUUUGAUAUCAACACGUAGUUGCUGGAAUAGAGGGUAACUGCGAGGGAAUUUUAAGCUUUUGUUCAAGGUUAAUUUUAAACAGUCAGGAAAAGCAUACAGUGCCAUAGUCAAGGUUGCACUAUUUUUAGACUUAAAUUAAUAAUUAUUGAAGAAUUUAACAGUAAAGCAAUUUCGAUAUUCUUUUCGUUUGAGGCCGCUACUUAUUCUCUGUUUAAAAACCUUGAAUUAUAAGAGAGCUGUACAGUUAAUUGAUGUUAGUGUUAUAUAAAUUCCUAUAGUGACUCGGGCUUUGAGCAGAAUCUUAAGAAGUUUUUCAGCUCAUGUGGAGCACAUAGUUACCUUCCCCCCAAAGACGGUGAUGUGUGUGAAUUAAUUUAUAGUGAUAGUAGAAUUUCACAGCAUCUGGCGCUAUCUCUCCUCCUCCUCCUUCCCACAUGGACCCGGUGUCCAGACAACCAAGAAGACCGGAGGCGGGAGAGAGCGCAUGUGGAUGGCUUGCUCGAGCCCGCACCCUAGCGUCCCACACUACAUCCCCUGGUCUACCUAGCAAAUAACUAGGUUUUUGACAAAACAAUAAUGGGCUGGGCAGGGGUCUCAGUGUGCGCGACGCUUGCCGGCAGCCGGGUUAGCCAAUGCACCCCGAAAUUUUGGCAUUUGUUAUGGUGCGCAAAUUGGAUAACGCCUGCCAAAUUCCGAAAUGGUGAUACCGGGAGGCGCACAUGAAUAGGAUAUGCAUAGAAAUAGAAUACAGGUUGGAGAGCACGUGGUGGGAAUCAAGAAUAGUAAAAUUGCCAUAACCAGUUGAAACGUAAACGGCCCUACAUUUUGGACAAAAAUAUGGAUGAAUGCGGGAUAUGGUAUAGACAAAAAAGGUCGGAGGUUGAAGGGAAACGGAGUAGUCAUUAACGAACACAAGCCUCCAUAGACCUUUACAUUAUGCUGUCUCUUUUAGUAACCUCAACGAGCCAGUUAUUUGUGCUGCUCACAAAAGAUAAAAUUUUUACCUUAUUUGAGGGCACACAUAAUGUUUAAUUUAGCUGAAACAAUAAUGUGUGAUUCUAAGCAUGUCUCUGAUUUAUUGAGUUUCCCCUUUUCCGUGAGUAGCUAAAAUUAUAACAUUGUCGACUCGGCAGGAUCAGGACUACAUCACAUAACUCCAUUCAUGGACUGUCUCGUCUGCAAAACCUCACUGUCGUUUCUUUAGGCACACACUGCCUUAAGAGCAAAUAAGUUUAUUUUGUGCAUAAUUUCCCAUAAUGACUGCACGGGUUCUAGUCAAAAGUCCAGACAAGUAUUUCAUCGAACGUUUGUGACAGUAUGACACAGCGGCAAGGGAUUGCACCCAUAAGUGGGUCCCUCGACGUUUUCCAUGUGGUCUCCGGUAAAUACUCCAUUUUUUGGAUUUCGGCCUCCUUGUUCAGCAGCUUUAGCGGCAAGACCGCGCAGUAUGCCUAAACAGCCAACAGACAACCAGUAGUGUAUACCUGUCGCAUGAUCUGCUAAACUAAAGGCGUAAAUACGUGUUUCUCCGAUAUUCCGCGCAGUAUGACACAUCCGUCCUGUUCAAGCCCUGGUUGGUUACUCGCAUCAAAGGCGAUACUGCUAAUGCUAGUUAUAGGUAACUGUAGAAACGAUUAUUUUCAUGGGAAGAUUUUAUUACAGAAGCUGAAAAUAAAACCUGACCGAGACAACUUAACUCUACUGUCGAACCUAUGGAGCACGGAUUCGUGUAUUAUUUAUUUUUACAUGCAUGAAAUUUUAGUCGCCAAAUUCCUUUACUUUUUCUUCAUUUGCCCAGCAAAAAUUUUUGAUUCUUGAUAUGUUUUAUGUCACUGUUUGUAUGUUUAAUGUUUACUCUGCCAGUUUGAGUAUAAGGAAAGAGAGAGGAUCACUUUAAACCGCGGAGGUGAGAAAACGUGAUGCCGCAACACAUCUAAACCACAUAACAGUGGAUUCUGACUUUCUGUUGACAUGUCAUUAAAACCAUGCUUUUGCAUUGUAAGCUGAGUGAUAUACAGCGAUAUGCAAGUUCGGUUUUCGACGGUGGCUAAGUGUUGUAAAUUUGUCGAAAGAGGAAAUAAAGAUCCAAUUAGUACGUGAAUUACCGUUGAUGUAGACUGAUGACAAAUGUUUUCCGGAUAGUUCAGAAUAGAUUUAAAGAACUGAUGAGAACAGUUGGAAAACGAAUUGGACCAUUUAUAGAGUCUUUUUACUUGUAACAUAAGGGAAUUAUCAUACUUGAUGACAGUCAAAACCUCAUUAAUGAAUUAAGUAGUAUAUUUCGUUUUCGAAAUAAUUCCUAUAAUUUGCGGAGUGUUUGAAGAGGACAGUUGCAAAAGCCUCACGAUUGUCAUCAGCAACGAUGGUAGUAUUAGUAAGUAAUAUUCGAUUUGAAUUUCUUCCUCUCCAUUAUUUUAUCUGCCUUUUUGAACCAGUUGUUUCUCGACACAUUUAGCAUGGCCGGAAACGCCCUUCAUUAAAGUGACAAAAAGCCUUUCGUUAUCCCAGUAUGUUGGACGUUGAAACUUAAACUGCAUCUUUGUUUACAAUAGCUGAAUAGAUUGGGAAUCUGUCCUGAUUAACGUUGCCACAUGAUCAGUUGGGUGUAUUCCCCAAUACGUUUUUUAAGCUGGUGUUUAAAAUCCCAUAAUUGGCCUCUUAUUAAAAACAACUGAAGCGUGAAUUUUAAAAGCAGCAAUUCAGUUAAUUAGUGACUUGCUGUCGGGAAGUAAUUACUGCUCCUCCGGGGUUAGGUUUCCUUGUACAUACUUUCAUAUCUUUCUUUAAAAUAACAUACUAAUGAGAUCCCUUCGGACGACUCACGCUUAUCCGCCUCAACAAGAUCAGUGUCAGUGUUAAGGUUCCUUCUUAAUGGCGCAAGCUGAUAAUGACUGAAUAACAGAGAAAUUUGUACUUUUUAUUGCUAGCUAGCGGGCGAGUUAUUGGAUGAAUCGCCGCAUAAGGGCUAUUCACGUUAGGAAUAUCCGGUAUAUUGAUAUCAACUAUACGAGCUAAAACCAAAAAACUGUCAAAAGAGGAUUGCACGUCUUAACGCCAGCACUGUAUUUCAAAGCGCUACCUUUCAUUAUAAACCACUUAUUGGGCGUAUAUGGCGUCGGAUAAUUAUUUACUAUGAAAAUCUGUAUAUCUUUUCAUUCCAACGCCCAUCCCGAUUUUGUGACCGUAGGUGGCAUAGAAUUGAUUUCCGCAGCGUUAAUACUUUCCCCCAAAAAACGCGUUCUGUGGAAUUUCAGUGGCAAAUUUCCUUCAGUUAUAAAAUAAAACACAAAAAAAUGUAGGCGAUUUUUUUAUUGACACAUCAUACUUGACGACCCAAAAUGAAGUGGCACCCUUAACGAUAAUUGUCUUAGCAUCAGCCAAGCAUCUGUCUUUAUUCUCUGGGGACCAGAAUGACAGUUCUCCUCUCCAUCCCUUUUAGACUGAAUAUCAAUGACGCAACUGCUGCGGUUAUCCCUUAAAGCACUUAGCUCAAACAUGUACCGUGGGUCCAAGGUAGCUGACUUCGGGCUAUUUGCUUAAACCUUUCCUCCCCUUGUCUCCUAUCCCCGGUUCUGCACUGCAUCCAGUUAGAACGUACAGCAGAGUAGGCCAGCCGUGCUGUUAAACAUCUAAUUGUGGUCUUUUAGCCAAACACAUGAAGACUGGGAGCGUACGCUCACCUUUGUACAUGUUAAUAAAAUUGACUGUCCACUAGGCAUAGAAACUCUAAAUGUAUAAUUCGUGUGAAUGAGAGAUGAACCGCUCUAACAGAUUAAGUCUGGACCCUAACAGACCAGCAAUUUUACUGAUUAUUUUAGCUAAAAUGCGCCUUUUCGUCAGUUAAUUGUGCUUAUUCCGAAAACACCCUUCAAUUUUUCCGGAUUCCCUGCAAUGAAAAGCAUCCAUUUUGAGCAGUGCAAUCAGUUUUGAUGCCAAUAAUAUUGAACGCACAUUUUCACAACUUUCCCGACGUCUGCAUGAAAAUGCAGCAAAAUGCUUAAACACGUCUUUGAUCUUGCAACCGUGCUGAAACGUAUAAUGCGGUCUCCCAAACUCCCUGUUGGUUAAUGCCAUCAAAUUCUGACGCGAAUUUGAUGUAAUGGUAAUUUCCGAUGAAUAAUCGACAGGCUUGCUGAAUUUAUAUGUACAAUAGGUGGUUUAACUUAUGAAAUGUCAACCGAAAUUCCGAAAUGCACUUUCGUUUCGAAAAGAUUAAGUAAGUAGCGUUGUAAAACUAAUCAUCGUGCAGCAGAAUUUUAUAAUAGUUCAGUCAUCGCAGAAUGCCGGCUUUCGAAGAAACUUCUUUCCGGUUGCAUGCAAAAGCCACACUCUGUAAAAAGUGAUCACUUAUGUAGCAUACAUUUUUCUCGUUGAUUUCCGAUGCCCUUAAAAAUUCAAUUAUACUUCGUGGAAAACAUGCACAAAACUAUUCAUUUUUGCUUGGUUGGUAGAAAAUGAUGUUUGCUUCCAAUUUUAUGCUCGGAGGAAGGGUAUAAUUCGGUUUUAAAAAAAGUUUCUAAUUGUGGGAAUUUUUAAUACCGUGAAAUGGUCCUUCAUAAAAUGUCAUGUCUCUGCCUUUAACAAUGUGGCUUGUAAAACUAGCAAUAUGGCUCCAAUCCAUUGCUAAAUUUUAUGAAAAGCAUAUGAUCUCCCCCUAAUACCGUAGAGAAAUAUAUGGUUUUCCGUACGCCAAAACUACGCGGCUUGUAGAUUAUAAACCCCGAAUGCAUGUGUAACGGCGUGUCGGGGUUCAAAAUUAUUCGGGAAUUGGAGAAGAUUUGAAAACCAAAUUAUACCCCUCCUUUGAGCAUAAAAUUGGAAGAAAACGUCAUUUUCUACAGAAUGAGCUGAAAUGAAUAUUUUAAGCCAUGGAACAUAACUGAAUUUUAAGGGCAUCUGAAAUCAAUGAAAAAAAUGCAUGCUGUCUAAGUGGUCACUUUUUACACUGUAUAGUACUUGCAUGCAUCCAGAAAGAAGUUUCUUCAAAAGCCGACAUCCUGAGGUCAUUGAAUUUUUAUAGAAUUAAACUGCGCGAUGAUUAGUUUUACAACCCCACAUAAUUAAUCUUUUCGAAGCGGAAACGCAUUUCGGAAUUUCGGUUGGUUCAGUUUGCCUACCCACUGUAAUAUGAUAUACCCUGGUAACGGGUGAAACGAACACUAAUCCAUUGUUAUUUCGGUUCGGGGUUGCAACAUAGUUGGUUGAUUUUGACAAAUAAGUCACAAAUGGCUAUUUCGUCCGUCCCCAUCCCUGUGGAUCUCAAUUUCCACCUGCUGAUUUCUAGUCGUUAUUUGUUCCCAUGAGGAGGUUAUUGACAUGAGCUCCAAGGCAACACGACACCACUCAUAUUGUAUUCCGCAGCUGAAGUUCCUCGGACGAAGGCGUUCUCAUGUGAUUCGUAUCCACACAUCGACACAUUACAAGGCGUACAUUUGUUGUCCAACUGGUUGGACGUUUAGCUUGAGUGUCCGAUGACCGCCUAGUAGUUGUUAGGAGCACAGGCACCAUGAGCCUUCGGUUGGUGUAUGACUGGUUGAUGCCAUUAAAUAAGCCAAAAAUGGCUACUUCGACUUCUUUGUCGGCAACAUUGCCUUGUGUUUUAGAAGCCAACUGAGAAAGAUUAGUGUUUGCAAUAGGUACAAGCUCUUCGGUGAUGUUUACUGUAUACAGUGCAAUACUGUGUUCACCUUAUGCAAAUACAAGUGUUAUCGUAUCUUAAGACCACUAUGAGAUAUAUCACCUAAGUUGAAGGAUUUUCUGCGAACGGGCUCUCGAAGAAACUGUUGGGAUCGCGGCACAUAAACAAUCAUAUUGGACAACGAAGCUAAAAACUGAUUAGGCUCUAGCUGGCGAUUGUGAGAGACUUGAAUUCAUAUUCUAUAAAAGUCCUAUCAAUUGUUUCUACACAUGCUGGCUAAGGCCGAGAUUUUCCCUUGUCUAGUCGGGAGCUUUUUGGCUACAUAAAUUACCUCCGCCAACACAGUAUCCCCUUCGGUGUGUGAAUUUUGUCUAUUUGGAACCCGUUCCAGUCCGUAGCCGAGCUGGAGCCAACGAUUCAUGCUGUCGAAUAGCAAUCAAAUUCUUGUAUCCCCCUUGUACUAACUUAGCAAUUAGGCGUUCUCUCCGAUGUUUACGACUGGCAGGCGAGAAACUUCGGGCUAGAACAUGCUGGAUUUUCACUAAAUAAUCCAAACCAGCAAUUUAUGGGUUUUGCCAUAAUUUUCAGGAAUUAAGAAAGUACUGGAAACUAAAACACGGCAUGCAUCUUUUCCAUUUCCAAACGCAAUCUGAAUUUUGCCCCUUAUGGAUAACCCUAUGAACGUGAUCUACGCUGCGCUUGAAUCAGAGUCUUUUGGGAAAUACAAAACAACAGAUUUCAUGAAGCCUAGUCUUGAAUUAGGCUUGUAACGAUGUCAUAACCAUUUGGAAAAAAGCAUCCAUCCUUGUAUUACUGUGCUUAUCAGGUCUUUUGUUUGUCGGUUCCCGGAGGUUAGAUGGUGACAUCUAAGUGGAUGUCAGUUGCACUAUUCACUGUCCCCGAAAGUUAGAAAUACAGAAAGCACAGUAGGCCCCAUCGGCUAAAAGUCUUGUGCGGAAAAGCCAUCAAAGCACCUCGAUGUCGUCAAAAGACCGAAAAACAAUUCAUAGUUAAGAUAAACACGAAAAGUGUCUUAUUGCCACUUUUAUGUAUACAUACUGUAGUCAAUAGCUAAGCCCUGAGAUUUUGUGGUCAGGCAAAUGGUAAACGUACGCAAAGGGCUCAUGUAAAUUUUAGUGGGUAGACUUUCGACGCGGCAGACCGGAAGGCAAAGAAACAAAUCCGUGGAAAAGGACAGAUCACAAAGAAUGGUUCUGACUGUACGUGGAUCUUUUUUACUAAACCGCGAAAUGAAUACGAAAUCUGUGUAGCAUGAAAGAAAAUGGAAGGGGCAACAUGCACCAGUAGACGACAGAAAAGGCAUAUAACCGUCUGACUUAGUUCAUUAGCUUAAGCACAUCUUUUCUAAUGGUAUCAGUUUUUGGAGGACGACAGAAGAAUAGACUAGGAACUUUUAUAACUGUACACCAUUCGAGGAAGGCCAAUGCUGACAAACAACCUGGGAAAAGGUUUCAUCUCUUAGCAAAAGAUUACGAUUUAAUGAGAACUAUGAGACAUUUUGUGCAUGCCCCCGAGAGCCUGGAAGUUCAGAUUUUCUAUGAUAGUAUUCUUAAGGACAACACGAUCAGUAAGUAGAGGGUCCUUGGUGCAAAGAAGAAACAGAGCUGUGAAAAAUGUGUCCUUCAGUCGAGCCCUUGCACUUCGAGAGGAAUUACGGACUCGAACGUUUGUGUGGAACAAAAUAUGUUUGAAAACAAAAUCUGUCUGGAAGCCACGAAACGAUCCAGUCAGCAAGGGCACGCUAGUAAACGUCUUUCUGGAGGAGACUUCGACGAAUGAAAUAGGAGGUAAAACAAACAUCGAGGUGUAAAUAAGCACAAGGCAGUGCCUGAAGGCACAAGGACUGAACACGAAAGGUAAACGCAGCCUCUGAAGUAAACUCCCUUGUCCUCUAGUUCAGAAUCCAUGAAGGGCGAAUCCAAGUUGCUUAGGCCGCUAAUCCCCCAGUUAACUUGAGAGAUUCUGCUACAUGGAGGCAUAAAUAAACACGAAUCUAGAGCUUACUGAGCAUAGCUGUAAUCCAAACCCGAUAUCGGAUAUCGUAUUCGCAAAAGCAAAAACGGAGAGAGUAUCAACAGAAGUUCUGUCAAGGGAAACUUCGCGAACUGUGACUCGCCGAGGAGCGGAGGGUCCAACGGGCUCGGUAAUGGAUGAAAUACGAGCAUUGGCAAAUACUAAUCAACUGCAAGUGUCGAAACUGAAUUAGGAACACUUGACGCUAAUGGUAAUGUAUCUGAAACUUUGGUCUUUAUAGGAACGGAGAAUGAAGCGUUGCUUGAGCACGUCAUAUUUGAUAUACGCGUUUGUCACUAAGGUUAAAUUGGACCAUAAUUGUUCGACCUCUGGCAUACAUUUCCAGAUCGCAUUGUAUCUCGUGAAUGCGAUAACCUCAGCACCAUUUCAACGGCAUUGUUGGGUUCUGCCCGUAGCAGAACCAACAACCAAUAAUCCCAUCGCUUAUUAACACGCGCACCUUUACUAAGCUCUGAACCGCCCAAGUAUUGAAUCUGGUCGGCAUAACUAUACAUCCUUAUGACUAAAUAUUGUGCCACACCAACAAAAGUAAACCCCCAUUGUGUUACCGCAGUGAAUUGCUACAUUUUAUGCAGCGUUAUGACGCAAGUUAUCACCAGUAAAAUUAGUAUUGUAAGCAUGCCUUAAAAAUGUAUCAUUUGUGAGGUACAUUAUUUAACGUCGGCUGAACCAUUAUAUUUCAAGUAGAUGAAGAUGGCCAACAUAUGUCUAAAGUAUCCUUUCUAAGGUCCAUAGCCAAAUGCAAAGGAUCACACAACGAGAGAAAGCAGUGAUCACGUUAGCAUGAAUUUCGGGAAGCGGACAGGGUGGUUAGAUUUUGGUCAUGCCAUCAAUGGAAUUUACGGUAAAGAUAAUUUAUGUGCCGUCACCCAACAGGGCACGGGAAUAGGAACUCCCGUGUUGCUGGUGGCUUUGGGCUGACCUCCAAGGCGAUUAGGUUAAGGUUACGCUUGAGUUUUAGGCUAGAAUUAGUAUUAGGGCCACAUGAGUGAUACUCGCAUAAUUUACCGACACACACCGUGCUUGAGAAACCCCUGUAUGCAGGCAUUAAUGGAAGAAGCCUGAAAUGCCUCAUUGCCGAAGAGGAAAUUUUCGACUUAACGAGAUGGUCAAACUCCCGCAAGCAGAAUUCAUAGUGCAGCCCUUUUUCACGUCCUAAUGACUUCAAACAGGGAUCAGCAGCUGCAGCAGUUCAAUCAAAAGCGGUUUUAUAAAAAAACAGAUAAUUAAAAGGUGGUGUUCGAAGACGUACCUGGAAUCUUGAUAUUUCAUUUACCACCAGAAAGUUUAAAAUUUUUGAGACUGACGUGAGAACCUCAGUUAAUACUGAAGGGAAUGUGUUAGCGAGAAGUCUCAUUUAUCCAUAUAUGCCAUUCCCCCAGUCUGAUUAGUAAGUUUUACCUCCCUUAUCAGUAGACAUUUAGAACUCCUCACAGAACAGAGAGCUCAGUGCCGGAGAAAAUAUUUUAAGUUAAUCAGUGAAAACGCAAAUAUCGGGCAUCGAGAUGAGUGUAAAAUGAAUUUGGAUUUGGGAGUCAGAUGGUACUGCAUAGCGUAUGUCCAUGGUUGUAAGGUAGCCAGGCAUACGAAUAGGACACACAGGCAGCCAAAAAAAAUAUUGCGUCAAACAGGAUUCGAGAAAAUUUACUCUGCACACCAGCAGCAGUGAUUUAAUCUGUCAAAUUAUACUAACAACAUAGAGGCUUUGAAAUGUUCCUUUUCAUUAGUUGGUCAUAGGCUUAAAAGAAAUGUCGGUGUAAUUCAUGCAAGGGUAUAAGUAGAGGAAGUAGGUCCCAUCUACCGGAAACAAAUGACCUUCAUUUUUUGUGCUUAUUUAAUGAAAAUGUGAGUUUCCGGUAACGCGGUUUUUGAACUGUGAACCAUUCGUCGCUGAAGCAUACAGCGUAGGAUUCAGCGAUUUAACAGUUUUAUGUUUAAAUGCCAUUUGCCGGUCGUAAUGAAGCUUUAGGCGAGGUAAAAUAGGACAAACCGUCGCACGUGGCUGAAACUCACGCCUAGGUGUGGAUUGGGAGUUGAUCUACGAAUUUUCAGUGCCAAGUGUAGCUGAAGGUGAUUCUGAAAGUUAGAGGGUUUGCAUAAACGUGCUAUGUAUUGGCGCAGUUAAUCAAAAUAAUUUUAGGACGCAGCAUUCUGUAAUCGAAUUAACUACUUAGUAACAACGACUGGGCCGCUAAAAUUGCGACCUGAAUGCCAUUUGGAUUGUCAUUAGGUUGUACUUAUUAUCGAAAUGUUCCAAGGUCAUUUUUAAGAGCCUUAAGUUUUCUUGACCUGGGCCCUAUCAGUUUUCCAGUGAGCAUCAAAGUGCCGCAAAAGUGCAAGAUUUCACGUGAAGCACAUAUGUAGUCUGAUUUACUCAUGCGAGGACUACGCCUAUGCAUCAGCAGAACUUUCAGUUCAAUUUAUAAUCCUCUUUUAAAGGCCCCAGCCGUACUCGACCUCUACUUUAUUCUGGUAUUCCGUGAUGCUUAUUGAUGACCCAGAGCGUUACACACAGGUUUAACGGCGUCUAUAGGCCUUGGAUCUGUCAUCAAAUUGUGUCACAAACGAACGUGGGCAGCAGUCGGGUCUCUGUAGCGGUUGCUUGGGCUCCCAGCUGUCACGAUUGUUGUCAUGGCGGGUCACAAUUUGGAUGAACGCCUGUAACGACGGGUUUGAUCUCAUGCAUCCGUGUCUGCACAUAUCUGCUAAUCUCUAUAAUGUAGUUGCCUCGUUCACAUCUACACCGGAGUCCGCAAACGACGGACGGCAUCUUUCGCUCUGCGCGAGGUCCCCUUCUUUAAUGUCAAAUAAAUUCGCAACAGGUUUGUUCGUAUUCCACCUGGCAUCGAGAUGUGGACUGAACAUGACAACUUCGGACAAAUGCUUGCUGUAUGUUCUGAUAAUUCGGUCCCGCUCUCAAGCCCUCAUUUUGUAAUUAAUUUGAAACGCCUGUAUAAAAACAAUAAGGGAAGAUGCAUUUAUAAUCAUCAUAUGAGGGAAUUAUUUGUGAAAGUAGGGAAGAAGGAAUAGUCAUUUUUGGCUGGUUGUGCUGCAGCAUACGGUCAGCUGCAAUUGGUAAUGUAUGUAUGCCGUCACAUGGCUAUGCAGCGGUCUGAAGUGAAACUCCAAAUCAAAAUCCAGCAGCUGUUUUUCGUCCUGCGAUCAACUCGAAGUUGGUGAAGGUCACUUCCACGUGACCUGUCUAGUUUCAUUUGUAGCCCUGUUAGCAAGUAAAUAUCAUGCCAGUACUGCCGCUAAGUCCUAUUUUUGACCAAAACUAAUCACAACCUUUAAAUGGGUAACGAAACUUUGAAACGCGGGCUUAAACUGAGGUGUUCUUGAGUCUAAACGCGUCUAAAUACAUGCGUAUAAGUUGGCCCAUCUUACACAGAGAAUACAAGCAAAGUGAGACAUUUUCGCCAACUGCCGUCCAAAGUGAACCACUAAACAGACCUGUAUGUUGCAAAAAAAGUAUUUCCGCUGUGCAAUUACCUUUUAUGGGAUCAGACCUCUUACAUUAGCUUUUGCAGACACAUCUCAGUCACCUGAAAUCUGGACGUUGGCAUAUAUUCUCUACUUGUAAUAAUACAGUGAUUGGAUUGUUUGCCUGGUUUUGUGUUUUCCUUGUUAGGAUGGUUAUCACUGACCUACCCGAAUGAAAUGGCUUUUCUGCGCGUGAGCGCUUACUAUUACAAAUUUGGUGAAAUGAAUUCUCUGCUUCAACGGGCCGUGUGUCCUUGAUGCUAUCACAUUAACAAGUAUUUUUGCUCAUAACUGCAUUGCCGUAUUUUGCCUGUAGUUUUGACUACGAAAACGGUUCUUUGGGCGAAACUUGCAGCGCUUUAAUUCGGGACCUGUUAAGCAAUAAUCAUUUUUAUUUUUGACAGAGAAUGACCCGGACUGACCCCUGUCAGCCUGCCGUUAUCCUGCCUUUCUUUGGUCACACAAGUAGCAGAAAGGACUAGAUACUCUGGGAUAGGCUGUUAAUGGCGGCAAAACUUAAUGUGGAAAUAGGGUUUAUUUCUUCCUGGCAGGAAUGUCACGCUAUUAGGGCGAGAGGGGGAUCUCUUCGCCCGGGGACUUGUCGUACCAAUUAGUUGCGGUUGCGAGGCCCAUUUCUGACCAUUUUCACGAAGGAUUUGCCAUGAUUUCUCCGCAAAACGUAAGCUUUCGCGGAUAAUAUGGAUGCGACUAUUCAACACAACUCAGUUCUCUAGAUUGUUCGACAGCCAAUCAUUUUCUUCGCGGUACGGCAUUCGUGCUUUGACACUGGCGACAACAUCGCUUGCACGACUGAAUGUGUUUUUACGGAACAGGUAUUCCGGCACGAUUAUUCAAACAGCUACUCACGGGAACUUCGUCCAACAGGUUAAUCCACGAUCGUGGUAGUGCCGUUCACCAGUCAAGCUACAUUGCCGUAUGGCAGUUCGAUUCCGCCCUGAAAUUCGAGCUUGAGCCCACAAGUGUAAUGUCACCGCCACCAUCAAUUAGUCUUCAGGUGGCAGCCGUGUGCUUACUGUUUUAUGUGUCGGCUUUAUGUCUUAAGGACUACAACUUUGUUUAUUUAGGGGAAGAUGCUGAGGUUUUUUUGUUACGGUUGAACUGAGCACCUAAGCCUUUUACGACAGCAUUUUAAUUAUCCAUACUCAUUCGGUGGGCGUGCAAUGAAGUUCAGGUAGAAUUUGCGCGAAGCAUACGAACUGGCGCCUUGUUAUGUUUUAUGGGCUUUUAGAAAUAGCUUCUGAGUUUUAAAAGCAGAAGGUGCGGUUUUCGACAUCAUUCGAUGUGGCGUUUCAUGUGAACAAAUGCUCCAUUCCUUAUAGAAGACUGGAGACUAUGCUUACAUUUUAAAAUAUUCGAAUCUGAUGCAUCAUCGCGCCUACUGCGUAAAUUGUUAUUGCUCAUGUCGCUGUGGUUUGAACUUUGUGCACCCACCUGGAGCAUGCGACCCUGGUCAAUGUUAGAUGACGCUCCGCCGAUUUCACUCUCGUCAGAGGUAAUUGGUGAACCAGUGCGCCGCACUCCUCACUUUACUUUUCAUGAGUCCAGCCCUCGAGCGGGGGUAAUGCAGGCUCCCAUGGCUCGAGAGCAGGUCGAUGGAACGCCGAGACUGGACAAUCUUUUGCAGCCUAGCCGCUAGCAUUUGUCUUAUCCUGCUGAUAUUACCUCGUGCUUUGCCUCGUGUUGUCUCUGGCUGUAAGUUCACAGUCUGCGGCGUCAGUUGGUGUUUGUGAAUCCACUUCUAUAGCUUUGGCCCUUCAUCUCGAACGCACUUGUCUCCUCCGCAACUGCUAUGAGCAAUUAAUGCUUGCUCCUGCAAUGAAAUUUCAUCUUGUGUUCAUUACCUGACUGUAUGAUGAUGAAUCAGGCUUGUGAGUUGUUCCUACUCUGAGUGGUGUGGAUGUGCCACCCGAUGUCCGUGGCAGCUUCUGAAAGCGGGAUGCUACCCCGCAGCCCAGGUUGGUUCGGUUCGUUAUGCUUGUUUUCUCGAGACCAUCAGCACCCUUCAACGAAGGCUCAUGUCUAGAAACUAACUCCAAGGGACUCCUGUAGGCGUUUUAUGUUUUGCUUGGAAGACGUGCUGUGGUGAGAUCGCAUUCUCCGAUAGAGCAUACACACACAGUUUCCCUUAUUACAGCUGUGGGCUCUCAUAGUAAUCCGUUCUCUGCAGUGUCCAAGGCAAUAUCCUGCAUGCUAUUAUGGCUAGUUGACCACGGAGUAAGCGGCAAACGACAAUGUCCAGGAAGGGAAGCAGGUUUUACGUUUCCUUCUCCCUUGAAGAUAUCGGGAAUUAGCUCAUCUCUGAGGCGAUCGAUUCCUUGCUGGUCGAUAGUGCCCAAGCUGACUUUUGAAUUGUUGCCAGAGGGGAAGUUUUGCAAAUCUCUGAGGAUGGGAAGUAGAGGAAAAGGCCUUACCCGAAUCCAUCCAGUGCUCCUGGACAGAGGUCAUCCGUUUGCCCGUAUUUAUAAGUCGCAGCUUGUUGAAACUCGGAGAGGACGCUUCGCCUUCUUCUUACGUCGUUGUCUAACCGGUGCAAGUCUAUUGUGAAGAAAACGCUUGUGUUGAAGAAACCAACCUGCAAAACUACAACUGUUCAUGUAUUAGCACCAACCGCUGUUGGAGAGGGUGGACUCAGGUGCGCAUAAGAGGGCUUAAAUCUGACGCCCACGCUGGGCACGGCCUUGACGUCGACUCAGUUGGGACGGUGGACAAAGAGACACCGAUCGCACAGCAAGGCAACUCCUUACUGUCUGCCGAGUUCGGGUCAAUUGUUCCUAUUUUAAACCUUUUUUUUUGCAAUCACAAGCUGAUGUAAAAAAUUGAGCUCUGAGUCACUUUCAGGCAGGUGGUCGAAUUUACUAAAAUGUCCAUUUUUUCAUGCAAAAUAAUAUGCUCUCAUAGAUGACGGAUUAAGGAGGUGAGAGCAAUGCACUACCCACAGGACUGAAAACACAUGCGUUUUAGGGUAAUUGACAUGAUAUGCUUUUUAUACGUAGAUCAGCGCGGACCUGAAAUUCUUGGUAAAAACGCCAGCUGAAACUUAUCAGAUGAUCCUAGUAUGAAAGUAAGUAUUGUCUGACUCUCCAAACGAGACAUCGUUCUUAUGGUACACGGUACACCAGUCCAGUAAGUGUGUUAAUCUGGUUCUUACAGACUAGAGAGUUAAAAUGACUUAUAACGAGAACUUUCAGCAUCGGUAUAUCGUUUAACCGAAGUGCCGAAAGCAGAGAAGUUAAGGUACUGCGGCUGAAUUACUAGUCUAGAGUCGUUCGAAUGCGGCGGGGCGCGGUGGGUGCCAUCGUGGACGCCUGACGAUGGCGAGAGAGGCGUGUGAGCGAUAGGCCAUGUUUGAACUGUUAUAUUCGUCUGUGCCUGCACUGCCUCCGCCCACCCGCUAGCCGCUCCAUUGGCGUUGUUGGUGCUGUCUCUCCCUUUCGUACCUUGCAUGUUUUAGGUAGGAAUACAAGGCCUAAUAGGCCGUAGGAAGGGCCACGCAGCGACUUUUGAAUGCUGCGCUUGGAUUUAAGGUCCUUUAGUGUCCUUUCCGUGGUGCCAUCGUCCGCUCAGCGAAUACUUUCUGCAAUUCUGAAGGUGAAAGUGAACCCAGACGUAGCUAAGUAUUCCGGCACCGAGAACAAAGGAUUCAUCCCUCCCUCUACACCAUCGCUGGCAACGGUAUAGAUAAGGGCCCCACUUAACUGCCAGUAGACUGCGGAUCAUGCCAUACGAGAUUUAUGGUAAAGGACGUUUUAUGGGUGGGGCAACAUGCUAGACAGUAAGCUGACAAAAGGAAAGAAAACACAUAAAUUGCCUGGAUUUAUGCUGAAAGUCUUAUCCUUCGCUAUUGUACGACAAUAGAAAUGGGAGUAGUAAUUAAACAAUAAACGAAAGGUGAAUUGCAUAAAAUAACGGAGUUUAAGUUAAGUUGUGAGGUCGUGGGAAGCAAUCGUUGUCGGCAGCGUAAUUUCUGCAACGGCCUGCAACUGCAUGCCAAGAUAAAACCCCAUAUGACACGAUCCACAGUCUACUGACAGUUAAGUGGAAUCCUUCUCUAUACCGUUGCCCCAUCUCGUUCAGGGUUCUGGGGCUACAAGGUUGUCCACCUGACUUGUGGACGUUCCCGUACGUGCUGCUCAUACGCGCACAGGUUUGGCCGUCCAGACAACCACUACCGUUCUUUCCCCAUGUGGUGCAAAAGUCCAUCUGGACGCGGGCUCUUGGACCUGCCGUUAUAAACUUACAAAAUCAGUGGACAUUCCUUGCUCUCACCCUUUCAGUCUUGGCCUAUCUUGUCACCACACAGUCUGACCUCUUCGAUGGCCACUGCUGCCAGAGAAAGCAGCCGGUGUUCCGUACAAAAUAAUUUUAUUCUGCUGUCUUCCAUCUUUCUCUGCCAACCGGUAUUGGCGUGAUGAUUCGGGCGCUUGGAGUACUCCCGCUACCCCAGUGUCAUGCUAACAUAAGCCCCGGGCUAAAUUCCACCUUACCUACUACUUUUCUAUUUCUCUUUUCAGUCCCAGUACGUCAAUUGUAAGAUGAAUAAAGCCCUGUUAUAGGGUAUUCUCGUUCUGACUCUUACAGCCAUAUUCGUUCGUCCUCUCCAUCUCGUGUGCUUGCUACGGUCCUAACUACUACACCGAGCUGCCACACUUGUGUAUUCAAAAUGUUCUGCUCCGUCUCUUCUAGGAUUUUGGAUUGUUAUGAAAUUUAUGAGACCCAGAAGACAGCGUUCGACGUUCCGCCCCCAAGCGUCUGCUUUCAGACCUCUUUUACUGGCCGUUCAAGUAGGACAACCGUAAUAAACUAAUUUCUCUGACCUACAAUAAUCACAUGGGAGUGUAUUAAUAUGUUUUACGAGCUUAGACGCAUAAUUCCGUGUGAUCUUAUAGGUUAGAGUGGCGUGCUUCUUAAGGACAAUGACAGUGAUCGUCUUUAUCGAAAAUACAACCAUGUACACUAGAAGGCUUUGUUGGUUUUUGUUUUUAGUGUCCACCUGGCCUCGUCUACGUGACCGAAAGUUCAGACCACUACAUGUACUAUUUCAGUGAUCUCGCGUUCAUCUUUGUUGCAGUUUAGUUUAUGUUUAGCUCAAGCGUCACCUUGCCAAUGUAUUCUAAGCGGAAAUUUUGGUCUCAGUAUUUCGAGUCAGACUCUAUUGUCGAGCAGUUUAACCUCGAUUUUACGCCAGCAAAAGGUCUGCCGAAAAACAGUAAGUUAAAUCAUAAUGUGGUAGUAGGGACCGGAAUCUCGGCUUGGUCCACUUAGGAAGCUGCGCAAGCCAUAAAAUUUACCACUUUGGGUAUUCUUUCAUAGGCCAAAGUCAGAGCUUAAAUAAAUAAAGUCGAGAUAGCCGCAGUUACGCAUUCGUUUGGUUAAACCCCGAAAAAUCAUCUACGGCCGAACAACAAGCCGGAACACGUUGACCCCUGUGAGAACAAUUGUCGCAAUUUAAACAAUUUUAGCGGUUUAACCUCGCGUAUUUUCUACAUGAUCGUUUGUUUGCGUCCAGAAAACGAGGUUAGUUUGAUCUGCGAAACCAAUCAAAUCACUCUGUUUAUAUGCCUUUGUCAAGGAUGGUCCUCACAGCAUGGUGUGUGCUGGGAGUUCCAUGGCACCUGGUUCCUUGCCGGUAGAUGCGCUUGCGCUCUGGCUGGGUAUACAGGUCAUGAGCAUGGCUCUCCUUUCGUCCUCCUCUUCCUCCUUCAGACCCGUCGUUGUGUUGUUGUUGAUGAAAAUCCUGAUCAUGUGUUUGUUGUGGACCAGGCGAUGUGAUGGUGCGCCUACGACCGAAUCCGCCCGUGCCAGUCACCUGUGCCCUCCCUCACAUCCGAUCUUCUUGACUGUGUCUUGACACUGGACCCAGAUGGAGGUGGAGGAGAGAGUGUGGUGGGUGCAGCGCAAGUCUACUCUUACGAUAACCUAAUUGACAAGCAGGUCACAAUGCGUGCUUUCACUCUACUGCGGAGCACGCCGUGGAUAUUGUCGGGCAAGACAGUCAAACUGUCGGUGCGUGUGUGUGUGUGUGUGUUUGCCCCCGAACAGGCCGUGCGGUAGAUGCGCUGGGCCAACACGUGGACUACAUCGGAUUCCGGCAGGCGUUAUCGAGAAUUCACACCCAUAACGAAUGCCAAUAUUUGGGGUAUGAUGGCAGGCCUAGUUGCAGGCUCAAACCGCACCGUUUGAUUUCUCUGCUGCUCCCAUUUUUGUUCACAAUCCUGGUCAAGUGCUGUUGUGAACCAGGGGGUUUGGUGGCGCGUUCAGGUGCCGGUGUACGUCGUGCCAGCCACUUGGGUCGUUCCCGCAUCUGAUCUUCUUGACUUGCUCAUGACACCGGGCCCAGGUGGGGGUGGAGAGAGUGCGGUAGAUGCUGUGCAGUUAUACUGCCCCAAUAAACAAAUUCAUGUCAAAGUCACCCUUCUUGCUCUCAUCCUUUUGUGGAGUUCACGGUCAUACUGUUGUGUGUGUGUGUGUCUUUCUGUCCCGGUGUUUUAAUCAAGUGCAUCCCACGACGGGCUGCGCUUUAGGUGCAGCGAACAAAACGGAGGCCACGUUCUGCCCGCAAGAGGCCUUAACUACGGCUGUACAUGUGUGUGAAACGCCUUAGAUGGAGGCUUCCAAGCCAAGUUAGCCACUGGGUCGAGGCCUAUCAGACUUGGACAGUUGAUUAGUGCAAAGGAGAGUGAAUAGAAAUUGAGACCGAAAACGGAGAGGAAUUCCUCCUCACGGCAAGGCAGCGCACUGCGCACAAUAAUAAGUCUGGCGCGCUUUAAUUUUUCACGACGCGCCUCGGAAAUUUGGCAGCUGGCAAGGUAACUCUGCCCUACUCAGCGCCAGUCUACAAUGAUUCCUUCCUAAUGUGGCUUUUAUUACAGUCCUAAGCAUGUGAGUUUCGAGACUCACUUUAAGUUUGGCGAGUACAUAUGAAGCAGAGACCACGUCGUGCGUGACUAAUUACGGAGCUGGUGACCUCAUUGCUGCUAGUCUAGCUCAGAACGUUUACAUAGCUAUUGGAUAACUGACGAUGCCUUACCCACAGAUAGGUUCAAACGAGAGUCUGACAUCCAAAUCGGAUCUGCACAGUCGCCGGUCCUCUAGUUCUCCUUACUUCCGUGCAAUCAGGCAAACAUAACAGCGAGGUCUAUGUGACUGACACAACUUGUCUGUUUGUAGGUCAUGCUUUAGUGUAAGUGAGAUGCAUCCCCUUUUAGUAUUCGACAAUGCCACAUCUAUAUGUGCUGAAACGAUUGUGAAACCGCGCUUGAAAAAUAAGAAGACGUAUUUGAGGAAGUAGACUUACUCAGUACGACACUUAGCUCUUUCAAAUACUUGCAUAGGUAAACGCUAGGCUGGGCGGAAAAUCAGUGAGCUCCUGACAACGUUACGCCGGUAUUAUCAGUUUUAACAUAAUCCAAUGGUUAAGCCUGGGUAACAUUUAUGAUUGAAGUCUUUAAAUACUGGCUUUUUUUGCCUUCGAAGGAGAGGAGGGUGAUUCAAAGGCUCAUAACGUGGAAUUAUGUUGUUCGUGUUCCUAGCCAUAUCAGAUGAGAAGGGAUGACCAAUACUUGUCAGGCAAGAGUUUAGGAAGAAGCAAAUGAGGGCGAAUACAUGGCAGAAAGUGAUUCAUCUCUCUGGUCAAAAAAUAAUUACUAAACGGAUGAUGCAUCGGAAGCUAAAGUACUAAUUGAUUCGUGGAUUGAACUGGCAAUUUCGGCUAAACUCAGAAAGUUUCAGAUCACACACACCCCUAGGUCGCUGGUAUUGGUUCAGGUUUCCUUCAUUUCUCCUCAUAUUAUGUCCUCGAAACACAGAACGCCUCUAUUGCCUGUAGAAAUUAGGAUUCGCUGACUACAACCAAAGCGUACUGGUAAUUUUUUGUAUUUGAAUAAAGAGCAGCGGAUCAACACAAAGACGUGCGUAAUGGCAAAAUCACCGGAAGUGCUGAUCGAUUCUCCGCAUCAUGUUAUUUUUCUAAUUACCCAGCACCCUGCUCUGAUUUUCGUGAUUAUUACACCUUCAAGGUAGAGUGGAGAAAACGCCCUUCUUGUGGGUUUGACACAGAUCACCUAUCCCUGAAUACACGCCAUGUGUUGUUGUAGGUGUGUCAGUCAGCUGCGCAAACUACUUUCCGUUCCCCUGUUCAUGAUUGUCAGGGUGGGCCCACUUUUCUCGAGCCAGUCAUUCGACUGAAUUUGCAGUCGGCCGGUUGACAGUCGCAUUGUUGACAUGGUGUGUAAUCUCUGUGUGAGUUCUCGGGUUCUUAUAGUUUGCUUCGAUAAGUGCGUUUUCUGAAAGCCCAAGGCCACUUCAAGUGCCCGAUGUGUUAACGGCAUAACUGCCCUGCUAGCUAAGUCGGUGGAGCACACGGUGUCGUGUGCUCGAGCCUACCGUUGAGCAUUCAUUUUUAAACACUUCGAAGGUGGUGCCUAUUACCCCCAAAUAUGUUGAAGUAGACUAAAACGAGGGGGGCAGAUGUUACGGAGAAUCAAUAAUACUGACCAUACAUUCCCUAUUGGCAAACUUUGUUUACCUACUGGUAUGUCCCCAGCGCCAUCUCAAUAGAGUGUUGCUUAUAUAAAACGAAAAAGAGGGGUACUUUAACAGCAUUAUUGAACUUUCUAUGCUUAGAGGAUUUGGGGAAGUCGCCCACUCAUGACCCACAACAAACGCAGGGAGGCUGUGCCGUUAGUCAUGAAGCCCAUUUUAUACCUGUCAACUAAUGAAGUAGUUCAGCCAGACUCCAAAUCUUCAUCACCAGACGUUUUCGGGGUUAGACGCGGGAAUAAGGAUGGCCCUCUAACCCUUAUCCUAAUCCUAACAAUAAACCUAAACCUCCCUGGAAUUUAGCGUAAGUCCACCUGUAAUGCGAGGAGCCCUUUUGCUGGUGUUCUAUCGCCCUCUGUAAGAUACGAUCUUAUCGGCAGAGGGCCAUGCGAUUACCACAGCCAAAUUUGACCACUAUGUUGGCUAUAUCGCAGUUGGUAGUCAGGACCCGUAUUACAGGUGGUGGGGAGGGGGUUGUUUACUGAGGCUGUUUUGUGGGCUCCAUAAUCACCUCUGACCCAUUUGGCUUCCGUUUUACGUUUGAGGUUAGGAUUAGGGUACCGGUUAAUGGCUUCCGAUUUUCAGGUUUGGGUUAUGCCCUUAGACUUAGGUUUUCGGGUUACGGUUAGGGUUUGAGCGCACGACUGGGCUUCAGUAUUACGGUUAGAUUUUUCAGUUACGUUUAUGUCUAAGGAGUACGGUUACGUUUACGGUUUCGAUUAGAGCUAGGGUUAGGAUUAAUUUUAAGAUUAGGAUUAAGGUCGCCGUCCGUUUCCGCAUUCCUGGCUACCAACUGCGAUCUAGCCACUAUGUUUAACUAAUAGUCCUGAAAAAGAUCCGGCCAAACAGCCUGUCAAGACUGCUGACUAGCCGGCUCCUCUCACGUCUCACCGCUGGUGGAAAGCGUGUCUCAGUUAAGCGUAGGGCUCCUGCUCUCCCCCUUCUCCGUCCUCAUUUAUUGCCACGUCCCGUGAAUGAACAAUGUCCAAUUCCCCAUUUCACUCCCAAUAGCUGGUUUCCCUCACCCUCCUAAGGCUAAAUUUCCCACUAAUGCGGAAGCCGAAUUAUGAAUAGGAGAAAAUAUGUGUUUGCGUCAAUUUUAUUGUCUAAUUGCAAAUGGGACUCUCCGAAAAUUGACCUAAUUGAUUUACACAACUAACUCCGAGUGAUCUAAACACUUCCCUAGUUCCAUCUACGAAUUAGAUGGAUCGGUCCAUUCCUAAACCCUAAUUUCUUUGUGUAGGAGGAAUCACGAUUACAUACUGCAUCGUUCGCUGAAGAAAUAGAUAACUAGUGACAAACGGAAUAAAUAUUGUAGACGUUCCGCCGCAGCGAUCUCGGUUUUGGUCACUUUUUGUCCGAAGAACUUCCUCGUGCUGCUGGGUGAGACAUUACGGGGAAAGGGGACCAUUACUGUGUAAGAAAGAAUGGAAUUGGUCUCAAGAAUAAUCAUAUUAGAGCAGUUGUUCUAGAAACUUUAUAUAUUUUAUCGUGCGAUAAUAAAACCCGUUUGUCUCCUUGUACACCAUGUAUCUUACAGUUCGGUUCAUAGGCUCCUUUACAUUUCCGUUACGAGUGACUAAACUGGGGCAUAUCGCGUGGUUCAUUGUCACGAGGUCAUAUGACUAUUGGGUCAGCGGCAACAGUUUAGAGCGGUCUUUGCGUGGCCUUGACAGACAUUCUGGUCGCUAUAAAUUUGCCAACUUCUGAGUGGGAACUACGAAUGCCAACAUACUGGGAAACCGGCUGGGAUCGAACGCCCUCAAAAUUUGUGCCGUCUGCUGCAUUGUCUCAACUAUCGGCUGGACAAAGUAAUCGCCCCUUCUUUACGACGUCACUGGCAAGUUUGUUGUUCUUCAGUCUGAGUGACCGUUCUGCUGGGGUUGAAGAGCGAGUAUUUUGUGCAGUCAGGAAAUACAAUCGUCUCCGGUAAGAGAUCGGACGCUCUACAAUACUCUGUGCUUUGAAACAACAAAGGAAGCUUUGGUAAAGGCAGCCAAGAAGCGUUUUCGGACGGCGUAAGACUUCAUGCUUUCCCCAGUUGGGGUGAUUUUUUAAAAAAGUUAAUUAUUACCAGCUUGGUUGUACAUAGGUAUAACAGUAUUCAGCUGCGUUAUGAAAUAGUGUCUGAUUAGAAAAUUUCUCAGUCACUGACUGUUUUAACCUCAAAGACAUACAAACUCGAGGGGGCAGUGAGAAACGUGUGUUCGUGCACCGGGUUCCAAAGAUAUGUCCAUGUACGUUUUCUUGUCAGCUUUGUGGAAUAGUGAUAGGUCAUCUUUUAAGGUUUGUUUACUGGUGAAAACGAAGCCUACUGAAAUUUAUGUGGUUCAAGACAGGGCACCAAAAACGAGAGUCGAUGCUAUAUCAGGAAAUUUGUGUAUCAGCAAUUUGUCAUGUCGACUGACCGUAUGAGGGUAGUCAUUCGAAAAGUGCCUACCUUUGCCACAAAAUCAGUGGCAGUAAAAAUUUCACGGAAUUCUCGACGAGGACUGUAAGCAAGUUUGCAUUCCUUAUUAAUUAACCGCCUCAGCACUUACUACAUUGAAGAUGCUGGUGCAUAAGUCAACCCUUUUUAGUGUAGAGUGUUGUUCUCGUCUAAAAUUUGUAACAGGAUCCAAAAGACCCAAAUAAUUGUUUAUUAUUUUAACCAAUGUUUCUUUUCAUUUAUUGAGCUACUGAAAACUUCCUACUCCUGGGUACUAGCCUCAGUCCUAUCGAGAAGUUCAGUUCGCAAAAAGGGUUACUUUUAAAAGUAAGUAGGCCCGAUUUUUCCGUUCUCUUGAUAGUGAGUCUUUUUGAGGUCCACGCCGACUCCCGAAAGUUAGCUUUCGUUGCUAGUCUGACGGGAGCUGCCGCACCAAUUUCACUAUUCUUAAAAGAAGGAAUCGCGCUCACAUGAGAGCGACGCCCGCUGAUCCGUCCCAGUUUCAAGACGGAAAUGGGCGUUUCCGAUUUACUUUGAAGCUCUUGUAGAAAUGCAGUGCAGGCUUUGACCUAGCGACGUUCAAUCAAUAGUCGAAGGAUCCGACCGAUGACGGCAGACAGGACCGAAGAAAAAAAAUUCCAAACUUUCUUGUCUUUAUUUUUAAUAACUCUUAUUUAUGGACUGUCUUGCUUACUACGCCUUAAACACAACCGCAGUGUUAAGGAAGACACUGACAGCCCACCGAAAAUGAAUGUGCGUUUUUCCUCCAUUUUUUCCAUUUAAAAUAACGAGUGUUUUAGUUUGCUGAUGUGUGCUCAAAGCUUCCCGGUGGUCUUUGAGGAGCAGCUUAAUGUGAAGCAUAUUUGCCUUGGCUUGGUGAACCACAAAUAGCUGGCUGUAACCUCCAAGUAGACCUUUGAAUUCAUAAGAUCACGUAACUGAGGUUGCUGCUCCCAAUGGCAUUAGACGAAAGUUAAAAAUAUUUCCAAAGCAAAAGUAUUUUAGCACAAAGCCCUCGAAAAUAACUGGCGUUUCAGUGCGUUUUAUUGUUUCGCCUCUAUAAGUGAUUAUGAAAAUUUCCUUUCGAAAUAAAGCACCAGAAGGAGCGGGACGUUUUAUGGUUCUUUAUAAAAUUCACUAGCGUGAUUCUGUCAUAAACUUCCAUGUGUCCAUUUACGGAGCGUAAUGCCCAUUAGUCUGUACUGAUGCGUACAAUGCAUGUGACGAAAUGCAAAACUGCCCUAAUAUUUGAUGAAUAUCAUGAAGAAACAUCAUGAUGACAUCAUGCCCGAAGAUGUUCCACGUCAUAGGGACCGGAUGAAAUACAUGGCUGUUUUCGGAUAAAAUCCUUUUUGUAGCCAGAGGAACAAAGUAAAGGCAGGCUGUUUCGAUUCUCGUGCGCGGUUACUAUUGGUCAAUCCGCCCAAUGACGUGGAUAGUACCACUUGGCACGCUAAUCUUGCUGCGAUUGUGACGGCUACGAAGGGGUAAGAAGUUAUGCAAUCUAGUCACCUGUCAGCCACCGAGAAGCGAAAUAUGAUCAGCAAUCAAUAGACGGGUCAAAAAUUCAUCCAAUGGCUAUGACAUGAGGCUGAAUAAAUAGGUCCUAACAGGAACAGCCAGCUGGGCGCUCUAACCACGGGAAUGAGGAAGGCUCUCCGAGGUAACAAUCGGGAGAGGGCACCCAAAUAUCCAUUGCCUAGAAAUAAUACCUCCUAUACCAAUUUGAGUAGUUUAUGGCACUACAUAUUUGUCGUUUCAUCCGACCUCAAUUUUAUCUGAUCUGCAGUGCACAUGUUGCCUCACUUAGAUUAUCAUAGUCUCCAACCGUUGAGAUGCGACCGCUGCAGACCGAGCCAUGGUUAAUCAACCUUGACCUAGGCUUACACGGCUGAAGAGUGACAGCAGUAGUGGGGUUGCGGCUAAAUCUACCCUUGCGUACCUUAGGAGAGUUGAGAAACGAUCGCUAUAGACCGACCAUUGGUUUGCCACCCUUCACAUAUGCUUGCUUAGGUCACGAGCGACGACAUUAGUCCGUUUGCGGCUUACUUCAGAACAGUAUAGCUUAGGAGAGUUGGGUAAUGAUCGCUUUAGACCAAUCCUAUGUUUACCAACCUUGACAUCAGCUUCCACAGCUGAAGAGCGAGCGCAGCAGUCGAUAUGCGGCUUACUCUAUGAUAGCAUACGUUCAAACACUUGCGAUACGAUCGCUGUGGACCGGCCCUUUGACUUAUCCAUUAUAGCCAUUUCUUCCUUAGGUGAGGAAUGACCGCAUUUGUACGUAUGCGGCUCAACCUAUGGCACCAUACCCGUUGGAAAGUUGCAAAACGAUCGCCGUAGACCCACCUUACGUUAAACAACCUUAAUAUAAGCUUCCACUGCUGACAAGCGACCGCAGUAGUCCCUAUGCCGAUUAAUCUAUAGUAGCUCACCUACGGACAAUUGCAAUACAAUCGCCGUUGACCGAGCACUUGGAUUAUCAAUUUUCACCAUUACCUGCGGAGGUCAGGAGCUACCGCAGCCGCCAGUGUGCGGCUCAGUCAAUGGCUGCAUAGCUUAGGUCAGUUGCGAUAAGAUCGUUGCCUUGGCCGGCAGUAUUUUUUUGGGUGCCCUCUCCCGAUUGUUACCGUUUCUGAAAAUGCAGCACACUCCGCGAACUCUCAUCCUCUCUCUAUUUGCUUUUUCCGGUAUAAUGAACGUGAUCAGCUAUAGCCACUUGUGCAAAUAGUUCUUGUCCACGUGGACGCGUUGGUCGGACUGCCCAAUGCCGAUCACGUGAUCACCGACUGACUUUUUUUCCACUUAUCCGAAGGCGUUAGCUGUCGCUCCUCGUGACUGCAUGCCCAUACUAUUGGCCCUGUUGAAGUUGACUCGAGCCUUGUGGGUAACGAGCCUUGGUAGGCAGGAUGCAGGUCCGUGGCUCCGUUCAAGUGUACCGGUCGAAGACCAGCUUUGGAGCACCAGGCUAGCUAUUUUCUCAUUGGCCUGCCCAAUGACCUUCGCUUUCUCGAAGACGAAAAUUUGCGCCGCUGUUGUUUUGUAGCCAUAGUCCAGAGACCUUGUUUGCUCCCGUCUGGCUGAAAGCUGGCACUUGUACAAUCUUGUGCCUAGACGUUUACCCCUCUUACCAGCAAACAUCGAAACACAAUAUUGGCAUGCUAUCCCCUAGACCACUGCCGAUCGUUCUGUCGCCAGUAGCCGAUCUUUGGGCCUCACGGUUUGCCGUCUGAUUAUGGGCCACACCAAUCCCAAAGGAUUUCUGGACCCUUGACAGCGCAUCCGAAACUUCUCUUAUACAGGACGCAGGUGCAAAAAUUCGGUUUUUUCAGUCCUCAACGGCGCAAAGUGAGGUUUCCUGAGGCACUUGCGUAUGGAGGAUUUUAAAUAGCUGUUGGCUCCAGGUAGGGCGUCCAAGUAUGUCAACCUUUUUCUUCUUCCUCUUCUUCUUCUUUACUUCUUCUUCUUCUUCUUCUCCUUCCUUGCAUUGCUGUGGCUACAGUUUGCUCGGGCCCCGUAGAAGAGGCUUCUGUCGCUAAUGCGCUUACGACCAUCGGGUUAUUGCUUUGGAACUGAAGGAUGCGCCUACUGUUGGUUGCCUUACAGUAGACCACUGUACUUAUCUUCCCGUCUGCCAAAUUUGCAACUUGUACGUCAACGACGCCCACCGGUUGUUGACAUCUACUUUAGUGGCAAACUGAAUGUCGCACGAGAUCAGGUUUAUCAAUGCCUUGAAGACCUGCAUGUUGAUCUUGUGAUUCCUAUGAAUGCCUACCCGACGUUUCUAGGCAAGAAUUUCUUGGUUACGAACUAAAGACAAGCCAUCUGAGCCUCUGCAGUACUGUUUCAGCAAUUAGUCCAGCUAGAGCCGAACCCAUCACUGUUCACUUCUUUUACUUGCUAACUUACUCGGCAUACGUGAAGAAAGUCUAAAAACACAGUCCCAUGAGUGCAACGAUAUACACUUGUUAAAGCUGCUGAUCAUUAUUAUUGUAUUUUUUCCGGAAAGAUCGUAAAUACUUCCAUAGCCAGAGUGAUCUGGGGAGAGGUAACUAGCAAGGCCAUGUCGAACGACGCCAAAAACUUGUCUACCGCCACUUUUAUAUGCCUGACACGCAUCCAAACUCUUCAGCCGACUUUACCAUCCAAUCCAAAUCCUUGUUAACGACACUCUUGACUUGUGCCCCUCUGGCAGGCUGUGGAGGCGUGUGGGUUUUGGGGCCAGUGAUUGCCAUCUCUUGAGAACUCCCGCAUUCCUCAACUUCAUUCGUCCUGUCUAUGGUAUUCACGGGCUUUUCGAACUCACUGGCAUCCGAAAGCACACUGCCAAUAGGUUUUGAAAUUCUGUUCAUGACGAUCUUCGAGCUCCCCUAAUCGUCUCGCAGGGUGAUGUUAUUCCUCAUUUUCCAUAUUAUCAGAAGUUCCCCAGAUUCUGCCUCCGGAAUCGAAAUCUGAGGGUUGUGUUGGAGAGGUUAAACCGAAAAUUUGCUGCCGCUAAAGCACUAGGAAAAAUUCGCACGAGCAGGGCCAACAGACACGCCGAUUUUGUUGUGACUACGAUGGCCGUAAGCGGGAAAAGGUCACACGAGCCCGCCAGAGGUUGACCACGGAGAGGUCAAAGCUAAUCAACAGCAGACGGUGGCGAAUCAAAGUCCGUGCAUGGCUGGUAGGUUCCGCGGCUGGAUAAAUCAGGACCAACGGGGUUCCCAACUGCAACACGGAGACGAGGAAGUUUCCGAAAAUUCAGUAUGAAUACAGUUGGACUCACGAACCCAUCCAUCUUCUUCCUCCUCUGAGGUUGGGAACAUUGGCUGGCGACGGCUAAUGAACUAGAAAUGGCCAUCCCAGUAUCAUAUGCCUCCGUCGUUACACCUUCGCUGUAUAUGUGUCUGAGUCGUCCUUACGUGAAAACCAAGUAUACGGCGCGGAGGGCGGGCGCUGUGUAGCAUGUAUAGAGAGCCCACUGGGUUUUGUCAGCCAUUAUGCCCGAUCUCAGCAAUAGAUGGGUGGCAGGCUCGGAAGAGCGAAGUGUAACUGUGGUCAGCUUUGCGGAAUCCGCUCGUACGACACUUCAGCGCAUGCCUUAAUAUUGACAAACUUGAGACGCCUGCACCUAUCACAGCGCGCUAAAAGCCCUGGCUUGGAAGGCUGUAAACUGAGGGGGCACUUCGAUACUCGUGGCCAAUACUACCAGCGUAUAUGUAGUGACUAGCUUUAGGAUUCAGUCAGGUUCAAUGGCUACCUUUUAGUAUGACCUCUAUGGAACUCUCGCUCAGAUGGGAUCAAAACCGCCCCCUUUUUCGUGAAAUCGAGUACACUGUGCGCGAACUAGACCGUGUGUGGCACGUGCGGGCCUGUUGGACAUUGUCAGUCACCUCUGCUGGUCCUGACUCAAUCUUGCUACCGGGCCCAGGUGAGUGAGAGAGGAGUGAGUGCGACAGGCCCAGCGAAAGUCUGUUGCCACCAUAAUCCAAUUCUCGCGCAAGUCACUGCCCUGCUGUGGGACGCACGGUAUACAUCAUCGUCAAAGACGACUGAACUGGCAUGAGUACAUGAAAUGUUUUAAACCCUACACUUGCUGAGCGUUAAAAUGUUGCCUUUCGGACAUACCGGUAUUUCAACCUACCAGAGACAAAUUAUUCGAAAUUCGUGCAUCCUGCCCAUGAAAAAUGCCUGAAUGACUCCAAGCAUUAGCAAGUAGUCGGAAAAUGUAUGCUUCGUAGGCGGUUAUUUGCCAUGACUGGGCAACAUGUUGAACUUCGUAUAUUUUCUCAAACGGAAACCAGCAUACGACAACUGCCUCAGAUUUGGGCUCCGUGUCGACACUAACGCUCCAUUCAUUUGUGUUUACAAGCAUUUCAGAAGAUUUUACGGUAGGCCUAAUAUCUUAACAUGUAAUAGUUUCGCACCGGCCUCCCAAAGGCGCCAUUUUACAAAUAUAGAGGAGGCUCACUGGUAUUUCAAAAAUUCCCACAGUUAGCUGCUAAAAAUGCACUGUUCCUAAUGACACGUUACUAUUGUCACUCCUUAUCGUUUGCAACGCAUUGUUUCUUAAGUAUUCUUUUUCAUGGCAUUCUUACCUGACUUCCCGUCCCUACUUGAAUUGUAAUUGUUCAGAUCCCACCGUUAUGAUAUACGAGAUUUUGUUAGCUUAUGCAUAAUUCUCACGACUUGUAAGAGUACAACGGAGUCCGUAUGCCUUUUUCCUAACGCUUAUUUGCUCUAGUAUCAAACGACGACCACGUAUCUUUGCUAAAACAUCCAGUGAAUUCAACUUAGUGCUUUCAGAAAAAUGCGCCACAUGCAUAUUGUUUGGUAUCUUCGAAAACGACGGAUUUUAGGACAGACAGACUAUUUUAAGAAACAUGGGGAUUUUUUCUGGCCGAAACACUGCGAGGCAGUAGGACACCGAAUACUCGCGUCGGUAGUUGUACCCUGGAACUUCCGGUUUUACAGGCAAUUAACUUCACAAGCGGUAAUUAUUUGUAGGCCUCGCUUUCCGGGCCGUCGUUCUAAGGACAGACUGCAGCAUGUCGACUGACUCCCAACAGGCUCUAGCAAGGAGCAAAUUAUCCGCGGGAUAAUUGCUUCAGUCGUUGAGUAGAAGUUUGUCGAGUCAUUCGCUGUGUGUGGAUUUAGUAGUUGCGUUCAGUUUAGGAAUCUGAUAAGCAUACACUGGAGGACACUUGAGUGGACGCAGACAUGGAUUACGCUGAUCUACAUGCGGGCUACGAACAGGAUGAUAUGGACACAAAAACUCCCCACGAAAGGCCAAUCUUUCGCAGGUAUGUCCACGAUCAGGUAGUAGAGCUUCAUAGCGUACGAGCGACUGGAAGUCUUUCAUCGUUCUUUUCUAAAAACAUAGGCUUUAAAAUUGGUUUUGCUUCUGAUUCAUGAAGAUAUCCAAGUAGGCUUUCGUUUUCAGUACCCUCGGGGGCAUAUGCAAAUCCAAUUAGCAGUUUGAUGUUGACUAUUUUGCCAUUUGCUUGUUCUGUCCCAUUUUCUACGUGUACAUUCUGUCAAUAGCGAGACUUAUGGAAGUACCAAAUCGUUAUCUCAUAGAUAUAUAGGAAAGAAUAUGAGGCAGAGCAACUUAUUUCACGGCCUUUUCAUGGGUAUUGGCAAAACGGAACAAUUUUUGCAGAUAGAUGAACGUUGUCUUUUAUUGGUAAAAAAAUAAAUUUACUCCGUUAUUCAAGUCGCAUUUGUCAUGCUUAAUAUCCUGUCUAGUGAAAUGGACAUGGUUUAAACUCCCCGGAAAUUUCAACGAAUUAAGCAGUGUAAUUUAAGUUGGAUGAAGGAGCGAAAACCCAGGCCAGACGAGGAACCCAAAUGUCACUCAAGCCGAACGGCGUCAUGCAGUUUAAAAUCAAUGAAAUAAGACAAACCAAAUUGUUCACGACGCAUUAUUGCAAAGCCUUAUUUGUUUUGAAUAUUCUAAGUCCAUCCUAAUUUAGUAUCCUUACUUCCUACUUCGCAAAUACCUGCAUGAUAUUUGAGAGUAUGAUAGCUUUGAAAGCUGUUCUUGUAGUUUUUGAAAGGCCUUCUAACACUACAUUUUUAGUGUUCAUCUACUUUUCCUACCAUUUGUAGAACAAUCACGGAUAAUAUCUCCUCAGGUUAGCGAGCUUUUAUAUUUCUCCGAAAAUUUAUUUCGUCUCAAAUAUGUAUGAGAACUUAAGGAAUGCGAAUGAAAAACCGUGAAACAUACGGUUUUAGUAGAUUUGAGAAAGGCUCUCUAACGUAAAACUUGCAUUCCAAAAAUCGUCAUUGAAAAGAUUAAUGCAAAUUGGCACUAUUUUACCUAAAGACUGUUUAUGGAUAAUCUCGCAGUUCACACUGCAACUCGGUUUAUGAUAGUUAAAGCACUUUAAAUUGCCAAAAGCAGGUAAAACUGUACAAAGAAUGCAAACAAGCGUAUUUACUUGCCCUGUACGUAGAAUCUUCAAGCAAGUGCCAGCGUCUUCAGAAAAGUGUUUCUAGUGUUAAAGUGCCCUCCGAUCAUCUCAUCCAUGUAAAACUGCACGAAAAAUUCCUCUGAAAAAAGAUUAAGCGCCACAUUGUGAAUGCCACUUGGCAUAGCCAGGGCAGAAGGGUCUGAUAUUUGAAGCCGGCCAAGAGGUUUAUCAACCAUAUGAGUGAAGACUGCUGUCACUUGAAUCGUUCAUUCACGUCUAGUCUUUAAACUGUUCCUCGUUUUAGUAUCUUUUCAUCAAAUCAUCAAUUAUAUCUCACUAUAAUACCCUAUGCUCUAGGCGGGAGUUUUGGGUCUCUGAAACACCACUUCUGUGUAAAAUUGAAAGAUACCUCUGUUUCGUGCUAGUGCGUGUCGCACAAAUUUCGGCUUUCUUAAUACCGAUGUUUCGUAAGUCGCGGUUUAAUAAUGCAGCAAGCAAGAAAACACUAGUCGAUGCCCGAAAUUAGCCGAAAUUUGCAGAUCUGGAAUACUGUUGGGAUCCGUCUGAUAAUGCUUUUUUUCAAUAGAUUUGUUGUUGAUGGGCAACCUCUCUUGUGUGGUCAGUUAAACCGCUGCCGGAUACGCCACUUUCGCAAGCCGAGCUUUGAGCGGCAUGGCAGUCGAGGUCAUCCUGCGACUUGUUGAAUCCAUUGUCUGCAGUUCCCCUCAGGCAGUCCGUCCGUCAAGACAAUAAAAUCUCAAACUGAAGAAUUUUUACGCAUAAAUCCAGCAAACACCCCAGUACGUGUAUAAAUAUGCAGAAGGAGAUUAUCAACAAAGACAAGGAAGACUGGGACGGCGAUUUUCGUCCCAUGUGCAGUCGUCAGCCAGCCUUACCCCACCUCACGUUUUGGGUGUACUUGAUGUUUGAACCCGAAUUCUUUCAGUUAGUAAGCGUUAGUAAGUUCAGCGCCCUAACCAUUGGACUGCGAGCCCGUUGGCCUGUCGUUUAUGAUCGAGAGUAUUAACCGUGUUGGAAAAACGUUUGCCGACUGGGUUUCAUGAACUGCCCGUCCCGUUGUGCUUUGAAGCUCGAUCUAAGGCUCACACAGACAAUGCUGUGGGAACAAAAUUCUAUUGCAAAAACGUCGUGACUGUCUUCCAUCUUCUUGUCAUAAGUAUGGACAAUGUGCAAAGCAGUUAACACUUUAAGUGGACACAGUGAAAAAUUCCACGGUUGACUAAGUUCUGCACCAAUGCACUUUCAUUGCAUGUCGUCCGCCGGCCCGGUUUUGCUGUGUCCAUUUUCACUUAUAUUCGGGAACUCUAUCUGGGAGUCUAAGUCGACAUGCGUAUUAGUGAAUACGUCAUCUUGUUGCAUCGGAUCCUUGUUUUUAGGGCAGGCAUCAACGGUACAUGUUUCCUCCCAUGUCACUGUCUCGUAACAAAUGGGCGCAUGGACGGUAGGAAUAGAUGGUCUCGUCGUCUAACCGCUAUCUGGGUGCUCAUAUACUCAGAUACGGACGGAUUUCCUGAUCUUGCUGCAAUAGACCACAUUGCAGGCACCACGUGGGAUUUGUUGAUGAGCUCUAUCUUAUAGAUCUAGGCAAUCCUCUCCAAGCAUGUCAUGCCGACUAUGACCGAAUGGGCUUCUUUGACGUGCAAAAUAGGCGGACUCACUGCCUUAUUUUACCGCAGGCGAGUUUAAGCACAAGGAGACCCCAUGGUUCAAGUCGGGUAGCUCAGUGUUAUCAAUUUUAGAAAAUAACAUUUGCAAAUUUAAUGUUUGAGUGGCAUAAGGCGGCCGAGUCCUGAUUUUCCCGUUAAGUACGGCAACACGUGGGCAAGCUAGCUGCCAGAUGACCGGGAUGUUGUCGUGAAUUAUCGAAUUUUUACGUGCAACUGAGAUCAUUUCCAACCAUUUACUUUGCCCUGUUAUCAAACGAAGAAGACAACUAUGCCCUUUGACCAUUCAUUUUUUGUACCUUCAUUUAACUUCACGCCAUGUCGUUCCACACUUUUAAAAGCCUACUUUGAAGCCCUUAUAUUGUCUAUGAGCGUGUACUGUGGCCUUACUGUUCACCGGUGUCCUUUAAUGUAUACUUUGUUAUCAAAGUCUCGGUUCCUACGUAUUAGAUCAGGCAAAUUACAGACAAUCAGGCUAUAAAUAUCGGAAAUUAUUAAGGACAGGGCUUGGGGGUGAGAUCUUACGACAUUGCCUUUUAUGAUCGUCCCGAAAUAUUGGUGGGUUUUAGGUCAAAAGCAGUAAACGUCUGCGAGACAACCGCGUUAUGCCCAUUUUUUUCACAAAUAAUACUACAAGUAGCAUAAUUCUCAUGUGACGAAGGCUUUGCCGUACUCCCAACAAACUGGCUAUAAUCACUAACACGAGUUUUAUCGAUUUUUAGUGUUGUAUGACGCAGCGGUGAGGGGGUCAGUCCCUUAAUGGGUCUCCCAGUGUUCCUUGUCCUGGUUUUUGGCAUAAGAACCCCAAAUGAAUAUUGAGCUAAUAAUUUCGGAAAGCAUAAAUUGCAGGACUUUGAGUAAAGUGGGAAGUAUACCGCUUAUAGUACUACUUGUAUAUUUGGUGGGUACUGUGAGCCAUUCAGUAGAAGUUAAUUGUCUAAAAGUCAAAAGUUCAUUGAAAUUUCAAGCCCGACCCUAAAGCGCCAUGUCCUAGGCACUCAAAUCCAAGUCCUACCCUUAAUAAUUUACGAAAUUAUUAGCCUAAUUGUCUGUAAUUUGCCUGACUUAAUAAUUCUUACAAGAACUUUGAUAGUAAAACAUACAUCACAGGACACCGGUGAACAUUAAGGUCAGAGUACAGGCCCAUAAAUAAUGUAAAACGUUCCGACUAAGCUUCUGGAACGGCAGAACGACAUGACAUCAAAUAAAAUGAAGAGGCAAACAUGGCGUUUAUGGCCAAACGCCAUAGAGGCUUUCUUCGUUUGAUAACAGGUCAAAGCAACUAGUCAAAAAUAACCUGCGCAUAAUAAUUCGCUAAGUUGUAAGCUUGAUUUUUAUCUGGUGUUAAUGUACCAAAAACCAGUCUGGGGGACGAUUGGGUACCCAUUGCGAACCGAGUCGCUUCCGUUUGCAUCCUACAGCAGCGAAAACGUCCGUGAAACAUGUGUCUGGACCUUUAGAUAGUACCUACUUUGACAGUGUGGUAAAACCUUCAGAUACAAAUAAGGAGUUCAAGGAUGAAAGACUUUUUGUCUAAACAAAGUGACCCUAGAUGACCCAAAAUGAAAAAUACAAGGUAAAGCUUCCUUUCAAAGCAGUAGAUUUCAUCUCAGAAGCAUUUAUAACUCCGUCUUCUCUUAUUUUCUUCCAUACUCGCCGCUGUGUUGGUGACGGUUUUAUUACUUGCUUCCUUUUCCACAGAUCAGCACUGUCAUAUGGAUGCCGAACGGACGGCGAUUGACAGGGUUGCUCGGCGGAAGCUAAUCAUUGCCAGCGGUCUUUGUCUCUUCUUCAUGAUUGGUGAAGCUACUGGUGAGAAGAUGCUCCUUUACUGUGCUUCUUGCCCAUUUUACUAUAAUUGUGUUCUCAAACAGCGUUUGAUGCCCUCAAGAGAAAAUAUUUUGACAGAGAACUUUAGACGGUCCUUUAAAUCGCCUAUAGUUUGGACCUCAGCUUAUUAUUCGAAAUUGGUAUGCCCAUCCGCAUACUAAUGCAUGCAUUGUCUUGAUAUUUAAUAUUGCUUAGUACUGUGAAUGUCGAUACUCCACCCAGCCCUAGGAUCAGAAGUAGCCGACAAUCGCCCAAUUUGUUUUCGAUGUUCUGGGUGCUGAACUAUCAGUACUAAGCUGGCAAGAUAGGCGAAUUUCCGGUGUUUUCUUUUUAUGACUCAAAAUGAGUCUAUUUUUAGUCCGUCAACUACUUUGUCAAGACCUCAAUGCAAAAAGCUAUACGAUAGCAUUUAUUGAUGUUUAAAAAGACUGAGUUAGUUCGCCGUGCCGAAUGAACAAAGCAAGCUUCAAUAACACUGACAGUUAGAGUGUGGAGGUAGCAUACAUCAAGAGUGUUUUGCAGAAAUAAGUUUCAGGGUUUUUGAAUUUUACUCAUACAUUUUUCAGCAUUUAGAUGAUGCAGCCCAUCUCGACGUUGGGAAACUUUUGUAAUUAAAUUAACUGAAUAAAUUUGUUCCGUGUUUGAACCGUCUGAUGAAGGACAAAGUUUGUCGCGUUAACGUGACGAUUUCCCUCCCUCAAAAGAAAUUUCACUCGAACGUCUUCUUUAUACAAUUAAUUCACGACUAUAUAGAUGUAGGUCUAUCUGCCAUUGAGAUUAUUCCGUUGCAGUCUCUUUUAUUUAACUUACGAGUAUUUCAGAGCUAAAAUGACACAUAUGUUAUUCUUGCCUUUUUGCAAAAAUCCCCGAACCUAACAUCCACUUCCCAAAGGAUGAUUUUGAUAUGAAGCUUUUGCGAAACUGUCCACAGCUAAACUUCGAAUCAAAAUUUUACAGCUCUCGCUAGGUGGUAAAUUAGCCUUCAGUAACAUCUGCAGCAAAAUUCAGUGCAUAUUUUGCGACCAACAUUACUCCAAUCCUAAAUCGUUGCUUUCUUAAAAUGCAUCCAGGGGUCUUUGCAUGGUUUAAAAUUAAGAUGGUCAGGUUCUGAACAACUUUAUUUCAUCUCUCUAGUGUUCUGCCUUUACAGGUGGGGCUAUUGCGCACAGUCUAGCUAUCAUGACAGACGCUGCCCACUUGCUUACUGACUUCGCCAGUUUCCUCAUCAGCCUCUUCGCAAUCUACCUUGCUAGCCGUCCUGCUACCAAACGCAUGAGUUUCGGAUGGUAUCGUGCAGGUAAGGUUUCCGGUGUAUUCUCCGUCUAAUAAACAGUUUCAUCAGCGUUUCCAAGAUAGUUUAGUAUGAUUUUCGUGUCAGUGAGAGAACUGUGUUUGAUCUAAAAGAGGCCCAAACAUCGGUCAUCUAAGUGUACAAUUAUUUACUAUACUGGCAGAACAGGUACUAGCUAAAGCCCAGACACGCGUGUUUCCCCGAUCUUGUGCUGCUUGGGGUUCGGCUCAUCAGUGGGUCCCCAGCGUUCCGCAGGCUUUUCUUCCGGUACCAGUAAUUGUAUACUACUGGCUGCCUAUUGGUGGCUUGUGAAUAUUACGCGGCUAUUCCGCCGUAGCUGAUGGGUUUCAGCCCCAAACAUUCACGGCAACUUUCGGGCCGAGCCUGAAAUGGUCUGCUCCGAAGGAUUUACUCUAAGGUCACUCAUCAAUUUCCUAGAUAUCUAGCUCUCUUGUUCAACGCAAAUGCACCCAGAAUAAAUAACACCGGCCAUAAACCAUUCCCUUGACAAGAAAAGGUUUGAUGCUUGCCGGAAAAAUUGCCCAACUGAACCAAAUAAGUAAUUAUCACCGGCAGGUGAUAGAGAAUUUACUUCGGCCCAAAUCUACAAUCACACAUGCCGCACCUCAGGAAGGUAGCCUUCGAGGUUGAUGGUCAUUGCUUGAAGAACACCAGAGUGCAUUCAAAGGACGGAAUCGUAAACUGAAAGAUUCCAGAUUUGAGAAAGGCUGGUAACUCUAGCUAGUUUAUGCGGCCGCUUUAUCGAUCCAGAUUUCUGGCUCAGUGUGCAUCGAUUAGUCGGCAUCCGCUAGUUUGUUGUUCUUACGGCCUUGGGAUUCCAAACUACUGAUUUGUUAGCUUGGCCUCACCUGUGGUUCAAAAAAGCCAAAAGUGUGCGCAUAUUGGUUUUUGCUCGGCGUCAUGUUAUGAUUGAGCGCAUGGCUGGCCGAAAAGGGUACGAAUGAGCCUGAAAUAGGUUCCGUUUCAGUCGCUUUGUCCUUGUCGGAGCAUCGCUGAGUAUUUAAAGUGUCUAGCGAUUUUGGAUUUGUGUAAAAAAGCAGGUUAGGCAUGCUAAUGUAGGCUGUUAAAAUCUUCGGCUUCAACCAUAAAGGUGGAUCGAAUUCUUAGUCGCACAUUAAGCAGAUCAGUCUGACCGGACCUUUGAUGUAUUAAUAAGCCCACCCUAGCCUACCAUUUACAUAUAGCCUCACAUAUUUUAGUGUCUCGUAAUCUUCCCCGUUUAGACUCAUUCUGUGAGGGUUGAUCAGACGGAAAAGUAGACGCAGUCAAUGAUCUCAUAAAGGCAGCACUGAACCCUUGUGCCAUUAGAAAUCACCUCUGCCACAGCGCUGAUUCGAGCAAGUAUUUUUUUAGAGGUGGGCAAUUUUUUUCAAUUCGUAGUGUUAUUUUACCCAACAGCACGGAGUAUAAUCUCUGUUUUCGUGGAACAUCGGACGUAAACAAGACAGGAAUUUCGUCAUUGUAGUGGCAGUUUCCUAUUUCUCUUUUUUCACAGAGGUUGUCGGCGCUCUGAUCUCAGUCCUCAUGAUCUGGCUGGUUACGGGUAUUCUCGUCUACCUGGCAGUUAUGCGAGUCAUUCAUGAGAACUACGAAAUCGACGGCAAGGUCAUGCUCAUCACAUCUGCUGUCGGAGUCGCUGUGAACCUUAUGUAUGUGUGCCUUGCGUGCUUUGCGUGCUUUGCUUUAAGAUUUUUGUUUUUUACCGAAGGGAUGGUUCGUUGAGUAAAAAAAAUAAUUUCUCAUGUUAGGAAAAUGCCGAAAUUUAAAGGUGGCUGCAGAAAUUAUUUAUUAGCAGGCAUUUCUGAUCUUGUGCACUAGACACAUGGGAAGUGCUGAACCCACAUGGGCAGAAAUCUCAUGUUGCGAGACCACAAUUGUGAUUUGAGGUGAAUGGAACUUCGACUGAUUCGCUAAAUGUCGGAGUUUAGCGGUUUCGACGGACAGGUUAUGAUUCACUGAUAUAUAUGUAUACAUGUCAAGUCAGCCUGUGACCCUCACUAUUUUGGUUAGGAUCUCAAUCCAUCCCAUUCUGUGCGUCCGCCAGUUUACUUCUUACGAUAAGGAACUCUGCGUCAUAGGACACAUGACAGUUCAACCAUCGUUGCGGACGAUGUCCACCGUGUGCUCCACAUCAGGUGAAGCAGGCGAGGCGACUUGCGCGUGAAUUAAUUUAUAGUGAGUGUAGACUUGCGAGGCAUCUACCGCACCCUCUUUUUCCUGCCGCCUGCGCCCGGUGUGAAGACAGAGUCAAGAAGACCGGAGAUGAGAGAAGACGCAGGUGUCUGACAUGGCCGGACCCGCACCUGGGUGUACAACCACACCCUCUGGUCCACAACAAACACUUGACAAGGAUUUUAACCAAUAACAGCAACACUACAACACGUCAGAAGGACGAAACAACUAGGCAGCCAUGCUCAUGACUUGCAUACCUAGCGGGAGCGCAAGCGCAUCUACCGGCGGGGAACCAGGGGACCCCGACGGUCUUUAAUAAAAAAUUAUUAUCGUUAGUAUUAUUACUAUAGAACUGCCGGCGCAUACCAGGCUGCGAGGGCCAUGAUUUGCUGAUCAUGGCAUAGCAGACGCUUACAGACCUUUACCGACCAUUAGUAACUGUGAAACAACUGCGUCUGGUCUGUUGCACUUUUAAUGGGCUGCUUACUUACGAUUCGAACAGGGUGAUUGCUGUAGGCUUUUAAGGUCGCCCUUUUAAUUCUAUUCUUAACACCAAGGUCUGGAUCUCUUCCGGAGAUGGAUGGGCUCGAAUUAAGGAUUCUCUAAUUUGUCUUCACACUACCUCUCCUCAUUUCAAGCGCAGCCUUUUUAAUAAAAGCGAAUACUUCACAGGAGUGCGAUUCAUCCUGCUUUGAAUUCGUUGAGAAGCAAAAGACUCGCAAACCAGUAGGAUUCUUUUAUCUCUGCUUAACUCGCGUCAGUUAGUGAGACACCACAGUAUUAAUUCCUUGCCAUUUUUUGUGUCAUAUAAGCCAGUUGAAUCUGGGGAAACAAGCUUUACUUGGAACGACUGCGCUUUCAGAGAAAAUUGUUCGAGGUAACGAGAAGUAACAUGAUCAUCUGUGUGCUGCCUAAUUCACAAAAAGAUUACAGGAAAUGAACGACUCUGGAUACCUAGGUUCCAUUAUUCUAAAUGAAAUGAGUAAAUGCGUCGAACUAGAGCAGUGUGGGGUAGAGUUACAGCCCUACACUGCCGCCAUAGAUUCUUCUCCAUUGUUUCAACCAGAUUAGGGUAAUUUUUGAGAACUUGUUGCGUCCUUGACCUUCUCCUAACCUUUUGUCAUUCGAGUCUUGAUUUCCGAACGGGUUGCAUUUGAUAAUAUUCAUUUAAGGUCACGUUGUGCCAAUCCUGACUUAAAUUGGUUUCACCAACAGGACACUUCCGUUUAAGCAACCGCGGAACUAUAAAUGUUGGCUCAAAUAAAAUCCAGUUUAGCUCGCCGUAAUGCGUAAGGUUUAAUCUAAUUCAGAGCUGCUGUCACGUAAACGCCACCUCUCUCAAUUAAAGUGAACAACAUAUGUUUGGAGAACUUUGAGCCGCAUAAUCCUCCAAUUUCUUCGAGCCUAAGCAUUUUUCAGCUUCUUCUUUGGAUCUCACAUGCGAUUUUCAAAAUCAAAAUCUCGCAAUUCACUGCCCGUUCGAUUGACAUGCCUAGGUUUUCUGUCGAGUUGUGGUUACGCUCCGACUAGUAUUUUCGGGUUUUUUCAUAUCAGAACUUGCGCUGCAGUUGACAAUUUAGCCACUUCCCUUAUUUUCGGCUUCGUAAAGAUCGUACGAAUUUUCAUUGAAUUCUCCUAAUGUAAAGCACCACCAAGUGGCUAUGCUUAUCGAAUCCGAAGAGUGUAAAUAAUGCGACCACAAAGUCAAUGCUAGGAUGGCGUAAAUUUUGUACAUAACAGCUUUAGAGGGAUGUUCUGAAACACUCAGAGGAAUGCGAAGAUCGGUAGUGCAUAGGAAGCAUGCGAAGAGAAUGUACGAGCACAUUUCAUCGGAUUGUAAGAUACUGAUAACACGCUCGUCCUCUCCCCUCCGAAUUGACAAGGAAAGAAAUCAUGUUAAGAAAAAAUGGCUUAAUGUAUUAGAUGCAGUCUCGUAGUACUCAUGUACUCAUAGUGCUCAAGCAUACUCUGUGGAUCCCAGUAAACGCUGACUUCAUUUUUGUGGAAUUUCGUUUCUUAAUGUUAACAGAGAUAUUAUGACGCAUUUGACCUUUUCGUGCCCUUGGAAUUUUUUGGCUUUCCAAAAUAUCAGGCUUGUGAUUUCCGCUGAAGUUUUUGACGAAAUUAUCGUAAGUUGUUGUACCGCACAUUUCCUCUGAACAAGGUAGAAAGAAACACUUCCUGUCAAGUCAAUAUCUGCCAGAUGUAAUACUUCUGUCGUUAUAGAUCUGAAAAGACAGGACCUCUGAGGUAUUCCGAAAAAUAUGAACAUUUAUUUUUCUCAUCUGGGCUAACACAUGUCAUUUUUUGGUAACCAGUGUAGACUUGAAAGAGUAAAAGUAUCACCUCCAAGACAAUUUUAAGUAGAUAAGCUCAUUAAAAGUAUUUAUUGAAUAUGCUUCUGUACCCAUUCAUCGGAUAGAAAACUUGAUAAUAUCCUUGAUAUUUUGGAACCAUUCGAUUUUGAGCCCAGGCUGUCCUUUAUGUUUUCCUUCACUUUAAUUUAAAUGAUUAAGUGCUCAUAACCUCAGGACGUAUUUCAUCAGUGGGAAUUUUUCCACAAAGCCAUCACCAGAACAUAAGUUGCUAUUCAGUAUAGCACCUUUUGGCCAAUUACUCACUCUGAUUGUCGGCCAUUUCCAUGAGAUCACAAUGAGACGGAAGUUGAAAACUCUGGUCACUAAAGAGCAACCGACUACAUAGUUGUUCAAUUAGUUCAAUACAAAUUCAUCUAGAACCUCUUUUCCCUUCUCCGUUCGCAGCAAUCUGCUAAUAUCUAUUGAAUAAGACAGUUCGCCUAUAAAACUCAUAUCUUUAAAACAGAAUUUCGCAUACACAGAAAAGCCCGUUCUGCAUAAUUAACUUGGUCCCUUUCUUGUCUGAAGUCAAAUCUUGUGUCUUCCGACCUUUUUUCUGAGGGGCAGAAAUAAGUCGUAAGCAGUUAUUCCAGUCUCCUCUGCCUUUAUAAAUAGCGUUUCUGAAAUUUCAUCGGUCCCUUGUUACGCGACAGACUCUUAGGGCUCAGGACGACAGCCACAAGGCAAAAUGUAGCAAUCGUGCCAUAUUUUGCAAUCCAUUAAACUCGCCAAACGUCGCCCAGAGUGACCACUAAGUUAUCCCAUUUUUGAACAGGGAAGAUUAGGCAAUUAGAAUGAAAAAACAGCAGCUUGAAAAUCGUAGAAAUUGGAGAAAUGCACACCUUGUCAUAUAUCGUGGAUUGCUUACUGUACAGACCGUAUGAAUAGAGGCUCCGAUUGCACUUUUGUUUUCCAUCUACCAUACGUGAUGCUCUUCUGCUGAUGCGUAACCUUAGUCUUUCUGGUCUGAAAUUGAGCCACGACGUGGCGCUAAGUCCGAAGUAUUCAAGGACACCGUGUAUCAUUUAAAUUUAAACAAUCUUGGCUACUGAGGAAAUGAGUGUGGUCGGUGUGAAGACGACUAUUACUGAAAUGCAAAUACACUUCCGUUUUUUAACAUAUCCCAAUUCAAAACAUAUGAUCCAUGGUCUGAAAAUCCCCCUUGUUUCAUGCAGUGGAAAUUAGACCACCCCCUACAAAACAGCUAUAUGUCUUUGAUAGUAGCAGAACCAGGCCAAAUUGACUUAUAAUUUACACCGUCGGUGUCGACGCCUCUAGAUCUCUAUCCCAUGAAGUUGUCCACACGUCGAGUAUUUCAGGCUUUUCUUCUUGAUUGCUCAUUUAGAAUGGCACUUACGUUGCACCAACACGGACACACGCACGGAGGCAGUGAACACAGUCAUGGUGGCUCAAGCCACGGCCACAGUCAUGGAGUGCUUUCGAGGUUGAAGAAGUUCUUUGGCUCAAAAAUCCUCGAUCGUACCAGAGGCAGCGGCGGCGGCAGUACAACCAACAUCUGCGAGGCAGGUGAAUUUCGCAAUGGUCUCAAAAAGAGUUACACCGAGGAGAAACCAAAGGAUGAUGAGGGACACCAGCAUGCGCUGAGGACUAUGGACGAGGCGGGCGUUAGUGGUCCUGGAGACGCUGUCGCUGAUGAUGGAGACGGAAAUGAGAGAUCGACGGAAAGCGAGAAUAUCAAUGUCCGAGCCGCAUUCAUCCACGUGAUUGGUGACUUUCUUCAAAGUAUAGGUGUUAUGGUUGCCGCAUUUGUGAUCUUCUUCAAGGUAAGACGGUUGGUUCAUGAAUAGAGGGAUAGUUUUCGCUUCAACUUAACUUAAUUAAGAUGAAAAUGGAGGAAAAGGUUGAUUCCAAGCCCAACCGCAUACGACCUAAGCUACACGAAUUUUAGUCGCGUUUGGCUAACCAAUUAAGAUCUAGGUUAAUGAAACGUUUGUUCCGGCCUACACUCCCGAAGUGUGUCUUUAAAUGCAGAGGCUUUUGCUACUGCACGGUAAAAAUAAGGAUUCUUAAAUGUCUGUGGCCCUUUGCAACUACAACAUUUCCUUCGAAGUCUUCUGCGUUUUUGUAGGCAUUUCUUACCUCAAACCUAUUUACUGUGAGUAUGUCCUGUAAGUUCACAUGCAGAAAACAAAUGCUACUUUCAUGAUAGGUCAACUUUGAAGUAAGGACAAUAGAGGCCUUACUGAAUUGGAUUGUUUGCAAAUCAGCGGUCCUAUAAUGAAGUGUGAAGGCCUCUACAGUACACUUAAAUCAACAUUAACUGGUAAAGUGUGACGUCAUUCUAUAGGGGACCUGUGGAAAUCAAUCCAUCUAUUGAGGCCUUAAAGGUUUGGUACUGAUGCAUUUGUGAAAACGUUUCCUCCUUUCCUUUCGAACGACGUAAAAAAUACAGUUUCUUUUCGUGUCGCCGCGAUUCCUAAAGUUCGAUUCAGAGUGUCGCGGUCUUAACGAAAUGCCCGCCAACGACCAUGCACCUUUCAUUUUCAUUCCUUUCUGUAUCGACGUACCUCCUUGGUAUAUCCGUCAUCCCUCGAUCGGUAUUAAAAAAAGACGUAAACCGUUGGCUUCUUAUUAUUUUUAGCCUGAAUACAAAAUUGCUGACCCCAUCUGCACCUUCAUAUUCUCCGUCCUCGUUCUCCUAACCACUGUCAGUAUCCUCAAGGACGCAAUGAAUAUUCUAAUGGAGGGCACACCAAAGGGCAUCAAUUUUGCGGAGGUGCGUCAGGCUCUCUACGACAUCCCCGGUGUGGUCGAGGUUCACAAUCUUCGUCUGUGGAGUCUGACCACCACAAAGAGCGCUGUCUCGGUUCAUUUGGCCGUAUGUACGUGAGGAGCGCUUGAUCAAGCAAUGUGUAUCACACCCGGUGGUUAAAUAUUCCUCUUAAAUGUUUUGGAUGUCAUAAAGCACUCAACUCUAGACUUGGAACCAAAAGAAUUUUGUCUGUCGUUUCUUCAUGCAAAGAAAAGCCUGUGGUCGCUGCAAGCUCAGCCGUAUCAGUCAGAGCUUUCAGAAUCUUCAGAGAUUGGGGGCGCAAAAACAAAAACAGCAAUAACAACUCCUUCAAAGUCUGACAGUGAGGAAGUGAGAAGGUUGUAUCCUUGACUAAGCUGGAUUCACGCUGUUUAAAUCGCAUUGGUUUCAUGUUGUGACGACCGUAUGCCUCUUUCACUGAGAACCGAGCUGCGCCAUCUGGACGCGUAAGCGUAAUACGGGAGAGAGGUUGAGUUUAGAGACCCAGGCCUUGAGUAGUUCUCGUCCCGUCUUGUUGCCGGCUCGUGCCGGUAUCCGUAUGCUCACGAAUUCGAAUUCGUGAUCUUACACCGGAAUGUAAGUAACAACUUGAAACAGCCUAUCGUAUCUACUUCCUCUGGAAUUGUUUCCACCUACAGGUUUGAAAAAGGCGCGAUUUGGACCUGGAUCUUCUACAAGUCCAGUGCUCUACCAUUCAGUUACGUUCUCUCCGUUGCGAUUGGAAAUGUUCUAUGCUAUGAAAGUUCACUGACCUACCAGGUUUCCAGAGGAGCAUGUACCUAGUUAUUGUCGGUACUCCUUUGCAUAAUUACCGGUAACUGCGCAACCACCUGUAAGAACUAAAGUAUGCGAGUUCGAAUCACAAGUUCUACAAGUUCUGGGGUUGCGUAAAGCUGACUGACGAAAGCUGACGAUCCAGAAGUGGCCAUCGCGGUCUCCCGUCUUUUUAGUUCUCCUUCCUUCCAUACCUUUCUGGUCCCUACGUGACUGGCAUCAAGGGCUCCAAAUUGAGUUCCAAGGCGCAGAGGGACGAGCACCAUAGUUAACAUUGCUGAUCACAACGGACAGGAGGACGGACCUGAAACUCAACGGUAGAUUUCCAAAGAACAGGGGUUUGAGAAUCAGGUGUGGCGAACAGCCGAGCAGUUUAGACAGGGCGGACUAACUACUACUACUAAGUCAGAAAUGGUCAUCCAGGUCGCCAUUUGUCUUUCAGUAUAUGUUCCUGGUCGCUAUGCGACUGCCAGCGAGGGCUCUGCAUUGAGCCCCAGGGCAAAAUGCGGCGAGCAUGUCGCUUAACGUGAUCGGUAAACGCACUCCCUAAGCAUAGAUAGGCAUGUAUUUUCAAGAAUAUUUCAACCUAAUGCUAGCUUUUUUAUAUUAAUUCAAGAUAAUUGCUGCGCAUCUUAGAAUACUCAGUCUGCUUCUGAGUGCACACCUACAGCCAAAGUCAGAGGGUGGAUGCAAGGGUCAGAUCGACUGUUCUAUAGUCGCGGGAUCGAGCCAUAGGUGCUCCAUACUUCGGGGUUGCGUAUGACUGGCUGCCGACGGCUGAUAAGCCAGAAGUGGCCAUUCCAGUCUCCCUUGUGUUUGUCGGUAAUACCGUUUUGUUCUGUAGUCACCAGUGAAUCCAGUUUUGGCGAUCACUUUCAUGCGCAAUCGUAGAAGAUGCCUUAGCUAUUCAAAUGUACAUUUACCUUAAAUAUUUAUUUAAGUAGUGAUGUUGGGAUGACAGUAAUGACGAAGGCAAGGCAGACAGGAAUGGCUAUUUCCGGCCUAAGGCCUUUGUCAGCUAUUCAUACCCAACCCCGAUUUUGGGAACACCUGAAUCUCGAUCCCGUGACUUGCUGGUUAGAAGUCCAUCACACUAACCUCUGAGCUCCGGGUGUUGCACGCCUCGGGGCUGGGUAUUGCUGACUGAAUACGGCUAAUAAUCCAGAAAUGGACAUUCCAACCUUCCUUGUCUUUAUCGACAAUGCUAUUCUGCCUGCAUUACGCGCGCCAUGCAGCUGCCGGUAGGGCUCGUGAGAGGGCCCCUAGGCACAACGGAAUAAGUGAGUUCCCUACUACGAUCGGUGAGCGCCCUCUGUUACAGUAACGAUGUUGUUCAACCGGAGAUGGAUGCGCGAAUUGACUGUAGAUUUCCAAAUUUGCGAAUUAUUGUUGGGCCUUUGACAGAAUACCCACUUUCAGCCUAUAUUACUUAUCUGUAUACUUUUUCUACUUCUGAAAGCGCUACCAAGCCUAACAACUGACAUUUCUGCUGCCACCUUUUAGCCGACCUCGCACUUACUCAGGAUAUCUUGAACCAGGCCAAUAAAUUACUUCGCCGGCGUUUCUUCGUGCAGGAGGUGACUAUUCAAAUGGAACAAUAUGUUGCCGCGAUGGCUGACUGCUCAAAGUGCCAGGAACUCAAUGAGUGA